GUCUGAUGCAGCUUCCACUUGAGUGCAGGAAGCUCCUGCAGACAAUCAGAAGCCGUGCCUUGGUUUUCGAAUGUUUCAGAAGUUGAAUGGAUUUCCAGAACGGAUUACGUUCAAGAACCAAGGUACAACUGUAUAUCGGUUGCUUUAGGUUUAUUUGUCAUAACAUCUGGAAUGCUCCUGCAUUAGAUAAAUCUGGGGUGGCUAACCUGUGUCCCUUCAGAUGCUACUGAACUGCAGCUCCCAUCAUCCCCAACCAUUGGCCAUGCACUGACUGGGGAUGAUGGGAACUGGAGUCCAACAACAACUGGAGAACCCCACAGGUUUCCCCACUCCGAGAUGAAGGACAGUCUUGUUGACACCUAAUCAUGCAGUGCAAAGAGAUGUUAGCUUUCCAUAGCUUGUUGUCUCUACCAGAUGAGUACUAAAUCCUGCACUUUGCUCGAAAGGAGAAUGGAGGGAGGGAGCAUGUCUCUCCAGGACCUUGGAGGUGUAAAAGUCAUCUGAAGAGCUAUUGCUCUCCUUCUUUAAACCACAUUUUCUGACUGCACGAGAGGGAGCAUCUGGAAGGUCAAGAAGGGCAUGAGAAUGCUUGGCUAUUUUUAGCAGGCCUGGGUUUGCAACAGCCUUAUUUAGCAAUCGGGCUUAAGAAGAGUCGGAGUGUCCAUAUAUCACUGUGUGUGAGAGAAGGUUUGCAAAGGACUGAGACAAUGAGAUGUAUUCACGGAACACAUUGCUUCAUUUCGCACCAGCCAGGCAAUGACAACUGCUUCUUCCCUUGUCCUCUACAAAGGCUUAAAGGGAGGAAAUAAAUAGUAUAUCUCCUACCGGCCCUACCCUCCCUCCCUCCCUUCUGUGGAGGCACGAUCUUUUCAUUUUCUUGGUAUCAGCAGAGGAGAGAAUCCCUCUACCAUGGGUUGAUUUGCACUGCCAAGCUCUGGUCCCUGCUGGGCCUGAGAAAUACCAGGGAAGCAGUGGGCCGCCAGGCCUAAUCCUCAAAGUUAUCAUAACAGUGUACAUACGCCCACCAUCAGCCAAUACAUUUGCUGACAAAUGCCACAGCUGGCUGCCAGAUGGAGCCACUGCUGGCUGCCUAGGUUGAGCUCCUAGUUACACUGACUCAAUAGACAGAAGUUGGGCAGGAAGCCGUGCAGCCCCUCCGGAGGGUGCCCCGUGCUUCGGGCAGGUGUGCGCAAGGCUUGAGGCUGCAGCCGCGGCUGGGGGGAAAAUAAAUUUUUUUUAUUCAUUUCCCCCCCAAAAAACAAGGUGCGUCCUAUGGGCCGGUGCAUCCUAUAGGACGAAAAAUACGGUAUGUCUAAUUUCUGUUUUGCUAUUACAUGCUCAAUUCGAUGACAUUUGGCUCCACAGUUUAAACCAUUUACAUUCCAACUCAAUAUUUUAAGUUUGGCCAUUUUCAAAGUCAGUUACAAUAUUUGUUUUCCCUGAUGCUACCUCUUCCAAUGCUAGUUGUUCCAGAGCUUUCUUUUGCUCAGCUCAGGGGUCUCCCCUAUCUUGUUUAGGGUCUAAGUCUCUCCUGUUUUUGUCCAAAACCUCUCUUGCCUGAAAUUCUGAUGUCAGUCUGUAUCUCCUCUUCAUGUAUGUAAAGGAAAUGUCCUCUGGGAAUUCCCAUUUGUAUCUGAUGUCAGCUCUCCUGAGUACUGUGGUCAAAAACCUAUAUUUUGUUCUUCUUAAUCUCAAUUUCAGUGGAAUGUCUCUAAAAAUGUCUACCUUCUGCUCAGCAACCAUGAGAUCUUUCUCAAAACUAUUCUGAAGGAUUGCAUCCUUUACUUCUUUUGUCACUAAUGUUAACAAGAUAUCUCCUGGCUGCUUCCGUUCUCUGCUUUGGAACAAUUUAAUUCUACAACAGCUUUCUACUAGGUCAUCCAACCAGUUUUUACUUUCCCCCAUCCAUUCUGAGAUUGUCUGUGUGACAUUUGUCUCUAAGAUUGGCUCAGAGUCAGAGUAUGGAAGACCUCUGAUUCUGAGCGUCCUGUCUUUAUCUCUUAAUUGAAAAAGAAGAACCUGAUCUUCUAAGUCAUUCUGUUUCUCUUGAACCCCUUGUAUCAGUCCCAACGCCCCUUUUUGUUCCUCUUUUACUUCUGCUACCUCCUCUCUUAGUUUUUAUAAUUUGUCUACUUUUGUUUCCAAAUUAGUGACCUUGUCUCCCAAUAUCCCAAACUGUUCUUUCAGAACUUUGUUUGAGUUCUCAAUGUCUCUGUGUACUUGUUCCUUAAAUGAUAAGUUAGAUUUUUCCAUAUCACUGUGAACCAGUUGUGUAAAUUCUUGCAUUGAUUGAUUGAUCUCUUUCCUGAAUUCCGAAAGCUGCAAUGCAAAAGGAUCUGCCUGCUCUUUCUCUCCCUUAUCUCCUGUGUCUCCCAAUUGUACACUGGCCCAUCUGGCAGCAGUCGCAGCAAUGGCUUUCCUUGUUGCUCUUUCCAUGCCAGACAUUUCUUAUCUGUUGGUUCCUAGCAUUAUAUGAGUUGUUCAAGGUAACACUUGCAAAUUCUGAGUCUAUCCAGCUGUGAGACUAUCCCCCCCUCCCAGACUUCUCUUAGUUUCUCUUUCCCUUUUGUCUGCUUUCUCCCCCGCCCCACACUGUAACAUGCACUUUUAUCACAAACGCAGAGGUGAAACAUAAAAAGUAAAAGUAAAACUUCCAAUAAGUCAAAAAAAACAUAAAAUGUACAAAUGCAAUGUUGAACAGUGAAAGAGAAAAGUAGUUAAUUAGUAUUCCAAAAGACUGAGAAGGUAGAGUAAUAAGUAAGUUAGGCCAGUCCAGUUUCCAAUUAUUGUCUCUUAAAGAAAAGGGGGGGGGGGGAGGAAAAAAGAAAAAAGGGUUGUUCUUUGAGUUAUACUUAUCCACUUAUGAGGUCUAUAAUAGUGAUGGAUUGCAAUAGUUCCAGAAAUUGUAGCUCCUUUUAAAUAAAUAAAUAAUUUAAUGAUUUAAAUUUAUUUAAUAAUUAAUUGAUAAUUUUGUAUACAUUCUUAUACCCAUAGAUCUCACACAAUAUAAAAAUCACAAUAUAAAAAACACAAAAUACAUAAGAAAAACAAACACAACUCCGUUUCACAAACCUGUUACAUUUCUUAGAGUGUAUCAACAAGCAUGGGGAUAGUGUUCAGAUCAACAUAAUGUACUUGGACUACAGUUCCCAGAGUGUUUCAACAGUCAAGCCCUCUUCCCAGGGAACUCUGGGAAAUGUAGCUCUCUGAAGGGAAUAAGGGUCUCCUAACAGCUCUCAACAACCUUAGAAAACUACGGCUCCCGGGAUUCUUUGGCAGAAGGCAUGACUGCAUAAAGUGGAAUGAUACUGCUUUAAACGUUGAGCACAGAUGGGGGCUGAAUUCAAGGGUACUUCAGCCUUCAAAGGCAAGGAGAUAAAGGUGAGAACAUGUCUUUUUUUUUUAUGAUAUUUAUUAAAGUUUCACAUGAAAAGAGACACAUCAAUAAAAAAAAAUUAAAAGUAAGAAGAAAGAUACACAAUACAAAAUACAGGGGGGGGGGAGAAAAAACAGUUAAAAACAAUUCCAUUUUUCAUCACUACUUUUGGAUUUACUUAUUUCCUGGACCUCCUCAUACCUCCCUCUUUUGUAUUCCAAUUCAGUUUGUUUGUCCAGCAAUUCCUUUCCCUCCUUUUUAAUCUCAAUCCUUAAUCUUAAUAUAAUAUAACUUUAAAGCCUGUACAGCUAGAAACCACUUAAUUUCAAUCCAUCAUCACUCUAACAUUCUUUAAUUUUGCAAUAUUUCUGUAGGUAAUCUUUAAAUUUCUUCCAAUCUUCUUCCACCGACUCUGGUCACGGAUUCUGCCAGUCAUUUCCACCAAUUCCAUAUAGUCCAUCAAUUUCAUCUGCCAUUCCUCCAGUGUGGGUAGCUCUUGUGUCUUCCAAUACUUUGCGAUGAGUAUUCUUGCUGCUGUUGUUGCAUCCAUAAAGAAAGUUCUAUCCUUUUUUAACACCGAUUGGCCGACUAUGCCCAGGAGAAAGGCCUCUGGUUUCUUCAAGAAGGUAUAUUUAAAUACCUUUUUUAAUUCAUUAUAUAUCAUUUCCCAGAAAGCCUUAAUCUUUGGGCACGUCCACCAAAGGUGAAAAAAUGUACCUUCAAUUUCCUUACAUUUCCAACAUUUAUUGUUGGACAAAUGAUAGAUUUUUGCAAGCUUGACUGGUGUCAUGUACCACCUGUAUAUCAUUUUCAUAAUAUUCUCUCUUAAGGCAUUACAUGCCGUAAAUUUCAUACCUGUGGUCCAUAACUGUUCCCAGUCAGCGAACAUAAUGUUGUGUCCAACAUCUUGUGCCCAUUUAAUCAUAGCAGAUUUCACCGUUUCAUCCUGAGUGUUCCAUUUCAGCAGCAAGUUAUACAUUCUUGACAAAUUCUUAGUUUUGGGUUCUAACAGUUCAGUUUCUAAUUUUGAUUUUUCCACCUGGAAGCCAAUUUUCUUGUCCAGAUUGAAUGCCUCCAUUAUCUGAAAAUAAUGAAGCCAGUCUCGCACUUUGUUUUUAGAUUUUUCAAAACUCUGCAAUUUCAGUCUAUCUCCAUCUUGUUCCAGAAUUUCCCAAUAUUUCAGCCAUUUGGCCUCCAUAUUGAGCUUUGUCAGAGCCUUCGCUUCCAUCGGUGUCAGCCCGCUUGGAGUUUUAUUUUCAUGUAGAUCCUUGUAUCUUAUCCAAACAUUAAACAGUGCUUUCCUGACAAUGCGAUUAUUAAAUGCUUUAUGUGCUUUGACCUUAUCAUACCACAGAUAUGCAUGCCAUCCAAAAAGGUGAGAACAUGUCAGUGGUGGGCCUCGGCACCUCAAAUUUCAGUGGUGCCCUGUGCGGUGCCAAAAUUGGGCACCCUCCCCCACCUCUCGCCUUCUGUUGGAUGUAAUAGUUGUGGCACCCCAGAAGCUCUGUGCUGGGUGCGACCAGUCGCACUCCCCUAGAUCCGACUUUGAACAAGUAGCUGUCUAGAAUGCAAUUAUAUAUAGCCCCAAAAGAAAAAAUGAAUACUGGACUGUGUCAAGGACAGGGAAAGUCAACUAGAGGAACAAGUAACUAGAAGCUUUUCAUAUCAGUGAUGAUAAGGUUCUUGUGGCAACUGACCAGUUGCCUAAAGAUAAUACUGUGAGAACUGCCCUUUAGUGGAGCCUAUUGACAUUGGAAAAGGACAAAACGCUUUUUGGAAUUAUCCCUCGCAGUAGUCCAAUUCUUCUCAGGUUAAAUGGUCGAAAAGCAAAGUUCCGUUUUUUACAUUUUCCAGUGAACACUAGUGUGUGGAUGACAUAUAUAUAAUACUGUUGUGGAUUUGAGGGGUCAGUCUAGAUGAUGCCCCUAGUCCCGGUGCUUUUUUCUGGGGGUACGCAGGGGUAUGCAUACCCCUAAACAUUUUGCGAGUCUAAGUUUGACCUCAUUGAGGGCCAGUAUUUCAAUAUGAGUAGGAAAAUGAGAGUACCCCCUAAACAUUUUAUUUUUAUUUUUUAGAAAAAAGCACUGCUUAGUCCCUUCCCAUUCUUGGUGUCCUGUGUACCCAGUGAGUGUUAGACUCUAAUACAGGACUCAUUCCAUUGUCAAGUAAAACUACCUUGGCAAUGCCAGGUGUUAAUGCAGGUGUCUCCCUUUUUAAAAGAAGAUUGCAGCUGCUCACUCCCUGCUUUUACCGCAUUCAGUCUCCAGCAAGAUGGCUUAUUGUUUUCCCUACUGGGGACAAAGUGCUGCAUUUGUUAUUGCAGUCCACGUUCAGUUUUACUUGCUGCUGACUCUAACGAAACCCAGCCUUGACACUUAUUGCAUAGGAAGCAUGCUUAGGACUGCAGUUUUCUUUCUUUCUUUCUUUCUUUCUUUCUUUCUUUCUUUCUUUCUUUCUUAAUACUUUUAUUAACAAUUUUAACAUACAAACUAUCAAAACAUAUCAUAUUAUUUCCCCCCCUUCAAACCCUCCCUCCCCCAUCCCAGAGACUUCCCAUAGCUCCUCUCUCUGAUCUCUCAGCACAUAUUAUAAAAUUAUACAUAUCCUUACGUUAUCUAUCUAUCAUGUUAUCAACCAAUAAAUUUGUAUAUGUUUAUUCAAACCCUGCCAAGGAGUCCAGUUCAUUUUGUUGUCUUUUUAGAUAAUUUGUAAAAAGCUCCCAUUCUUCCUUAAAGUCACAGUUGUCCUUGUCCCGCAGUUUGUAUGCCAAUUUAGCCAGUUCUGCAUAACUCAUCCAUUUUUAUUGCCACUGUUCUUUCGUUGGGAUUUCCUCAUUCUUCCAUCCUUGUGCUAUCAAGGAUUGCAGUUUUCAACGAGCAGCGAUGUCCCCAUUUGGUGUGGCUUCAAGUGGCUUCCACGUCUCCUGACCGUCUCAUGACCCUGGCUCUUUCCUUUUAUUCAUUUCCGGGUUGUAAGCAAUGGAGAAACACAUCGUGCAGCCUGUGUCAGCAUGGCCCGCUUGUCCUGUCAAAUGCGUCAGCGAUGCUUCGUUCGUUCGCGGAGAGCAGCAAUUGCAUCCUAAGUCAGGAAAAAAAUCUGCUGCAAGUCACCACUUCUGGAAAAAAACCCCACACAACAGGUACAGGAAUGCAGCAGCUUGACAGUGACAGCUGGGUGAAACGAAUGAUUCCAAUUCUAGAGGAAAGAGCUUGGAAGGAACUUUUCCCAGCCCAUAUAGAAAUGCACUUCCAUUUUCUAUCCAGCAGGUGGGGCCCCAAACUCCAGAGUACCAUACUCAGGCAGCUGGUUUAGCAGCUUCAGGGUGCUCAUGCUGUACACAUUGCAGAGUACAGUAGUUUGAUUGACGGAUAAGAAUCAGGUCCCAUGAAGGUUUGCAGUGUCACUACCUGCUCCACCAAUGCCUGGCAGCCACAUCUGGGUGACUGCAGCACAACUUAAUUGCUUGGGGCUGCCAGAGGACUCCUAUUUUGAAGGGCAUCUGUGCUACUGAAUAUAAAAGUAAAAAGGUAAAUGACCCAUGGACGGUUAAGUCCAGUCAAAGGCAACUAUGGGGUUGCGGCGCUCAUCUCGCUUCAGGCCGAGGGAGCCGAGGGCUGUAUGCAGACAGCUUUCUGGGUCAUGUGGCCAGCAUGACUAAACCACUUCUGGUGCAACAGAACACCAUGACAGAAACCAGAACGCACAGGAAUACUGUUUACCUUCCUGCCACAGUGGUACCUAUUUAUCUACUUGCACUGGUGUGCUUUCGAACUGAUCGGUUGGCAGGAGCUGGGACAGAGCAAUGGGAGCUCACUCUGUCACAGCGAUUUGAACCUACUUAGGGGAGUCCAUCUCCACAAACCGAAGCAUAGAUUCAACUGAGCAUUGAAGUGACAAGUGACACUGGCAACAAAAGGUUGCCUUGUUUCCACACCUUGCUCCUAACUGAAGUGCUCUUGAAAUGUCUGUCUCCAUCUUGCCAUACUUGUGAACUUUGUGAGACAAAGUGGAACUCUGGUAGUUAUUAUACACUUACAUUCUUAAUUGGGGCUGCCACCCUGCUUGCUCUGCUUGACAAUCCCCCUACCUGCCAAGCCCCCUUCCUCUGCACCCAGCUAACUCCUUCUCCCGUUAUACUUCACCCACCUACUCCCCAUCCCCUCUCAGCUUGUCCCAAACCACUACCACCCCUCCCUCAUAACUUGACCCAACUCCUUUUAUAGUAGGUUAAGAGGCACUUCAGAGAGCCCAGGUGCCUCCUGAAGUGCCUCCCCUCCCUUUAAGCAGCUCUCCUGGGCCACCUGCCUCCCACACUGCUUGCUUGCUCACCUGCCUGCCUCCCUGCCAGUCUGUCAUCAUGUUGGAGUUGCCUGUUGGCAGCCAUGAAAAAAAUGCAGCAUGACAACAGACUUACAAUUUUAUUAUAGAGUAAGACAUCACAUUCCUAUAGUUAAUAACACACACAAAGCCAUUAUUUCAGCACUUUAUUUAACUAACCGAAAUUGUAUAUCACUUAAUUAUAAUGAAACCUCUAAAAGGGGUUUACUAGAAAUAUUAAAGUUAUUAAGGAAAACAGUUGUAAAAUUAAAAAUCCUUAAAGAUCAUUAAAAUGAGCAGUAAAGGUGUCUGGGCAGUCUUGCCUAAACAUUACCCAUUCAUCUAUCUGAUACUUCGUAUUACUUCAGACACAAGAGCCCCCCCCCCAUUAUUUUUGCAAUUCUGAUCUGGCAUCCUUUGUAUGUUUAGGUCUGGGGUUCCCAAGGUGGUGCCAAUGGGCACCACAACACCCUCAGAUUACAAUCUUUAUUUUUAUUUAUUUUAUUUAUUUUUAAAAUGAGUAUUUGUGUCUUUGGGGAUUGUUUGCUUGGGAGCAGGUUGCCUAUUUUUUGUGGGGAGGGUCUUGCUUUUUAGUUUAUGUCUCAUUCAUUUUUGGUCUGACCAUCACUAGUUUUUCCUCUGCAUGUGACAUGGCGUUUUUGUGCUGCCCAUGAGAGUUCCUUAGAUUCUCAAAUGUGCCCCAAAUGGUUGGACACCCCUGCUUUAAGCAGUAGCAUUCGAAGCCCAGAGCUGGUUGUGCAGUUUACAUAGCAAGCGUCAUGCUAGAAGCUGCAGCGGCUUUCCCGGGAUAUUUGCUUUGUGUUUGCUUCCUGCUAUUCAGGUUUGGCACACCAAGGCCAGACUGAAAUUGUGGGGCACUGCUAACAAGACAUGCCCUGAGUUUAAAUAUCUGCUUGUUAAGCUGGGGGAGUUCAAGAGGCAUGUGAAUGCCCCUCAGAUGCAGGAUCUAAGAUGGGGUGGAGAGGAAAGGAGGAGGCAGCAGCAGCAGCAACAGGAAGUAGCUGUUUCCUCUGUCAGCCACUUACCUUGAGUCUGAAAGAGGCUUCCUCCUUCCGCCUUCCCAUAAAUCAUACAUAUAAAUAAUGAAGUCAGGUGCUGUAUUAUGGUCAAAGUGGUGGGACUGAUCAUUGGCCAUUGUUGUUGACAUUUAUAUACCACUUUUGUCUUCCAAGGCUCUCAAGGUGGUGGACAUGGUCCUCCUCCUCCCCGUUUCAACCUCACAACAACCCUGUGAAGUAGGUCAGGUUAAGAGACGUUGACUGGCCCAAGGUCGUCCAGUGAGCUUCCUGGCUGAGUGAGGAUUAGAACUCCACUCUCCCAGGUCCUAGUCCAACACUCUAACCAUUGCACCACACAAAAAGAAUCACACUGUGCAAUAAGAGUGUCAGGGAAGGUGAAUGGAAUGGGAUAUCCUCGGAGAGCAAUGCUAACCGGAGUGCUGAAACAUUUUGUUGGAAGAGCCUGCUCUCAAGCCAGGUGAACCUCGCAGGCAAAGGCAUGUAUGAAGAAGCAGAAUAAAGUGGAGGUCUGUUGCUCUCCCUGGCCCAGACGGCAUUGUACCAGAAGUCUUGGAGAACCUAAGAACUUAAGAAAAGCCUGCAAGAUCAGGCCCAUCUAGUCCAGCAUCUUCUUCUGACAGUGGCCAGCCAGCUGCCUCUUGUGGGAGGAGAAGGAACAGGCUCAGAAUAUCCCUGAAAAGCAGUGCACUUGCCUCCAGAGCCAUAUUAUGGAUGGACACCAAAGGUUCCCAGUUUCCAUGUCUUUGGAUACAGCCAGCCAUCUGAAUGAACUAGAUCUCUGCAGCAAAGACCCUUUGCUGCACACUAGGAUAUACUGUAUCCCAGGCACCAGGCACCAUGCAAAUAUGGAUGCCCCUGUAAUUAUUUACAGCCCGCUAGUUUAACAGAUAUUUUUUUCUUUCCAAGGAGGAGGCAACAAACGUGUCCAUUUAUCUGGAUUCCUCCCAGCCAGGCAUUUGCCAUUCUUCUUACUGAGGGAAGGGUCUUAAGGGAUGUAACCGAAUCUCGCCCAGGGCCCCCGAUUUAAAUGGCAACAUUUUAAAAACAAACAUGUGCUGUAACUGAAGUCUGUAACCACAACACUCCCUGCCAUGCUGCUGCCCAGAAAGCAGGAAGCCCGCCCUAUCAACAUAUCCGAAAAGGUUAUCGUAUUACAGCUAAUACUGGGCUGCUCUGAGGGAAAGGAGGCGGCAGGGCUGAGGAACAGCCAAAACCACAACAUGCCACAAAACCCGCUGCAGCGCUGCCCUUAAAUCCAGACGGGAAACACCACACAAGUGGGAAAGAGGAAUGUAUGUACCUGUGCAAUGUUGCCAGGUUUGAGCAAGGCUGUCUGCCACUAUUUGUGUGUGAUUGGGCUGCAGAUGCUUGGGAUUCUGUAGCUGUAAUCCUAGAGCUCUUUACCUGGGAUUAAAGGUAAAGCUACCCCUGACUGUUAGGUCCAGUCGCGGACGACUCUGGGGUUGCGGCACUCAUCUCGCUUUACUGGCCAAGGGAGCCGGCGUACAGCUUCCGGGUCAUGUGGCCAGCAUGACUAAGCUGCUUCUGGCGAACCAGAGCAGAGCAGGGAAACACCGUUUACCUUCCCCCCGGAGUGGUACCUAUUUAUCUACUUGCACUUGGACGUGCUUUCGAACUGCUAGGUUGGCAGGAGCAGGGACUAAGCAUCAGGAGCUCACCCCGUCACGGGGAUUCGAACCGCUGACCUUCUGAUCGGCAAGCCCUAGGCUCUGUGUUUAGACCACAGCGCCACCUGUGUCCCUUACCAGGGAUUAAGCUCCAUUAAAUUCAACAGGACCUCCUUUCGAGCAGACACAUGCAUAGUAUAGCGCUGUAACUGUACAUGUUUCGCAGCUGAGGGCCCAGUUUAAAAAAAGAUGCCAGGCAUAUGCAACUCCAAAUGCAUAUAUUCCACCAACCCACUCAUAUCCUGUUUAAAAUGGGGCCAAAAGCAGAAAGUGCAACAUCACCGUCUUGGGCUUUUAAAGAAAGGCAGGAUACAAAUCUAAGAAGAAGAAACUCCAGUUAGCUCACUCGGUUAGAAUGUGGUGCUGAUCAAGCCAAGGUUGCAGGUUUGAUCCCCAUAUGGGCUACCUGCAUAUUCCUGCAUUGCAGAGAGUUGGACUCGAUGACUCUUGGAUUGACCAUUCCAACUCUAUGAAAUCACAGACAGUGUGGUGUAAUGGUUCGAAUGUCACAGUAGGUGUGGAGAGACCUGCGUCCAAACCCCUACCCAGCCAUGAAACACAUAGGCCUAGUUUACAUGCAUACAUAGGGCGUAUAUUAUCUGUGCCCCCCCUUUUUUUGCAUGGGCGGGAUGUUUUAAUUUAGUUUAACAAAAUAAUAAUAAUAGAAUUGUCUUUUUAGAUUGUUCUUCUAACGCCGGUUUUAAUGUAUCUAUGUUUGUCUUUGUAUUUUCCUUAAAAUAUUGUAAGUCUCUUUGAGUUGCAAUGGCAAAAAAAGAGAAACUAAUAAAAAUAAUUAAUUCAUUACAACUACUUGUCUUUUAGAAGUGGGCAGGGGCGUAGGAAGGGGGUGCGGGGGGUGCGGCAGCCCUGGGUGUUAUCUCUGAGGGGGUGACAAAAUGGCUCACCACGGGGGGGGGCACUUAAUGCGGGGCCUGUCCUGCAGCGCGCCCGAGCCACGCGUCUCUCCUGGGAGUGAAGCAGUGGCUCAGGGCCCUGAACUGCCCAAAACGGCAGCGUGGGGCUUGCGUCCGCCAGGCAGACUCCAUGGGCAGCUCGCCGCACUGCCCCCCGGGCGGAUCGCCCCUGCCCCGCUGCUCUGGGUGCCGGAGCAGCUAGCUAUGCCCCGGUAAGUGGGUGGGAUUUUUAAAAGCUACUUCUUUUUCCUCUCAGUUUUAAUAUAUCUAUGCUGGGGUUGUUGUUGUCUGCCUGUCUGUCUGUUUGGCUGUAAGUUGCUUCGGGUUGCCCCAGGCAAGAUAAAGUGACUGACAAAUGUAAUUGAUAUGAUAUGAUUUUAGAGCGUGGUUGCAGUUUCUAUCCCCGUAUGGGACAGCUAUAUAUUCCUGCAUUGCAGUGGGUUGGACUAUAACAGGCACAGGCAAACUCGACCCUCCAGAUGUUUUCGGACUACAAUUCCCAUCAUCCCUGACCACUGGUCUUGUUAGCUAGGGAUGAUGGGAGCUGUAGUCCCAAAAAACAUCUGGAGGGCUGAGUUUGCCUAUGCCUGGAUUAGAAUGAUCCUCAGGAUCCCUUCUAACGCUACAGUUUUAUGAUUCGAUGAUUCAAUGAUAAUUCUUCUUUGGCGAUGGAAGUUCCUGGGAGGUCAAGUAGCCCCCUGCAUCUCGGACUCCCUCUUGCGGCCGCGUAUAAUCAACAACCGCGAUGCUUCUCUUAACUCUUCCGCAGCUGGAGUUUUGUCUAGUUCUUCUUUCUUUCUUUUUUUGCAAGGGAACCAUUCGAAGGGGCAUCUCUUCGGAGACUUACGGCGCGCGACGGUCUCCGCAUGAAGUUCAUGCAGGCUGUUGUCAGGUUCACUUUCGGGGUCUUGUCGUCGGAGGAGGCAGCGCGCGGGAUGAGGGAGACCUCCCCGUCCCGCGGCGGCGGCGGCGGCGGCUCUUAACCCCUGGGAUUCCGCGGAGAGCUUUCCCCGCGCCGCGCUGCGAGAGGGAUGGGCUGCAAGGGGAGCAAAAUGGGCUGCUGCGAAUCGGGAAGAAAGGUAACGGCGGCGGGGGGGCGCGAAGUUUUUUAAGGGGAGUUGAAGUUUUGUUGGACGGGUUUCCUUUGACAGGCACCCGGAGGGGAACGGAAGGGCAGCGGGUCUGGCGCGCUAGACACCCCGCAUCUAAUCGGUGAGCGGGUCAGAGCGGGGAGAGAGACUUUUAGCCUGCAAGAAAGAGAGAGAGAGGAAGGAAGGAGCAGUUAGCAACCGAGCCACCGUGCUCGACUGCCCCGGAGACAAGGCUCCUUGCGUGGGAGGAAAAGUUAGAGACACGAGCCCGCCCCGCACCCCCCGCGCGCAAAAAAGAAGCAAGUCGAGGAGCCAAGCUGGAGCCCAGCGGUCACUAAAGUCCUUCCUUUGGGAAGGGGGGCGGCUGAGGAGGCGCGUUGCCCUCCAGCCGCUUCCAAACAAAGAGAUUUCUUCCGAAGUAUAAUCUGAAAGGGAGGGGAGCGCGGGGCAACUUUGGGAACGCGCGAUUGGCUGGAAGGAGUGUGGGGGAUUUUCGUACCUGGGGAGGGGAGGGGGGCUGUGAAGUGUCUGUAGACCCGGGUUGCCGCUGUUCGACUGGCGUGUACACGUGGGGCAUGCUCAAACUCGCGUCACGUGUGAACGAUCUCGUUCUCUGGCCUUUCCCUGGCGGGUGGAAGGGUGGAGGUUGGGUGUGCAAAGCUGCCACAGAGGAGAAAGGAUUUCUCCGGGUGGUGGUUUGUUUUGGUUCUCGUUUUUAUUAUGAAUUUUGUGUUUUUUAUCUUGUAGUUCUAUGUUGUGAGCCCCCUGAGAUCUACAGAUGAAGCGCGGUAACCAAAUAAUAAUAAUAUAAUAAUCACAAAUAAAUAAAUAGGUGAUGACGCAGGGAAAGUAGUCCGCGCGUAUUUAUGCAGGAAUGAAUGGUCCUGCAGGUUGGCUGACACUAGACCCUGGGUGGGGUAGGGUGGGGGUAGUAAUUCUGGAUCAAGUGAUCCGGGGUUAAAACGUGGGUUGUGUAUCCUAAAUCGCUUCUGGUUGCCGAGGUCAUAUGCUGAGUUUCUGAAAACUCGGCAAAAAGUUAUGUGUGGUCUUCCCUAAGCAUCUGCCUGUAAAUCUCCAGGGUCGCUCCUGGCAAGUGCUAGAUCCCACGUCUUUAAAAGGGAGUGCAUUCCAUGAAAGGCAGCGGAAAUCUCCACUCAUAUUCUCCUUUGCUACUUUGUUUUUAAGAAAAUAAAAUACUUUCCCAAUUAUUGUCCUAGAAAGAAGAAAGAUGUUUUGGCAAUCUUCCGCUUAAGUCAAAGCAAAUGUGAGGCUUGUUUGGGAGAGAGAAUGGGAGUGUGCAGAUUCAGGGUGCUGUCUCUGGGUUAGAGGUGAGGUUCUAUCCAGCACUGUAUAAAGACAGGUUUUGGGUACUUUUUUGCGUUCCAGUUGUGUGCUAUUAAACUCAAGUGAGAGAUCAGGCAGCUACCCUGAAGCUCUGGUGUACAUUUCAAGCUUCUCAAAAUCCGAAAUCAGGACAAUGUCUUCAUUCUUGUAAAUAGCCUCUUGUUCUCAUGCGUGUGUGUGUGUGUGUGUGUGUGUGUUUGAUGGCGAAAUGUAAGAUAAAAUGUUGAUAUUGGCAAUUUCCUGUUAAAAAAACCACCGCCACAAAACAACCCACAGUUUUGCUGGAAUAUUUAUGCUGGCUGUUCAGGAGCUGGCAUAUUCUGAUUAAUGUUUACAUCCUAGUCCUCUGAAUUUUAAUAUAUUCUCUGAUGUUGGGGACCUUUUUUUUCUUCCAAGAGCUGCCUUGAGGAUAAAUUUGGGGGCACAUACUGGCAGUAAGUGGGCACCAAGCUCAAAGUAGACAGUGCCACCUGCCUUUCUAUCUGCCACUCCUUACCCCGUGGGCAUAGCCAGGAUUUAUGUUGGGGAGGGAGCAGGCUUCUUGUUAGUGGGGGCAGAACCUCAGUUAGUUACCGUAAGUAUUUUUGUUGAUUUACUUGGUGGGGAGGGACAGCUGCCCCUUUGCCCUCCCUUGGCUUUGCUCAUGCCUUACCCCCAUCCUGCCCCCCCCCCUCCCAGCUAUCCACAUGAAAUUAGGCUGAGGGCCACAUACAGUCCUUGCAGUACAGGUUCCCAACCCUGAAACAGACCAUUAAGGCUGCAUAAUAUACAACAGCAUACAGAACACACUUACUUUGGGAGUAAGUCCCAUUGAACAUACCCCCAUGUGUAGGAUUGCACAGUUUGUCUAUAUAGGUUACAGAGUAGCUUGAAUGAAAAAAUCUGUGCUGCCUUUUCUUUCAGUGGUCAGUUAUCUACUACAAAAUACAACAUUUCAGGACAUUUUACAUGACCAAGCAAGAAGAAUUCCCUUUUGAAUCAUGUUGUUUGAAUAAGUCUGUCUCUGACUGCCACGGUCAGGUGUGACUGUUUCUGCUUCCUGAUUCGGACAAAUUGCUAUAACAACAGAUUUCACAAUGUGCCGUUGUUAAUUUCUAAGAGAAAUGUACAUUCUCAAGCCACUGAUCACAAAACUCUGCCUUCUGUUUGCAGAAGGGAUGGGCCAUUGUUACAGACUGGCAAAGUAAACACGCUUUGCCCAUGCUCAGAAGUGCCCUUGCUUUCAAUAUGGCACGAUGAGCACAUUUUUCUAGGGCUGAAGCCUGGUGAGCUUGGCUCAAAUGAAGCCUUGCCAAAAUGAUGGGGCAAACCCCACCAUAUAACUUAAUAUUUCUGCAAGUAAAUAUCCAUAAGCUUUCACUGUCCAUAAACAUUCCUUUCUUGACACACAUUUUUGCUCAUUUCUCAGGGAAAAGAGAUCUCAGAAGACAAACAUGUUAUUCUAUAUGUUUGAAUUCUGUGGGAAGGUUUACUAAAGAACAUCUGUGACUGUUGCUCUUUUCUUCCUUUCCUUUUUUCUUUUUUGUUGCAGCGUGCACCUGUCUCUGCUCAAUAAAUAUGCUUAACUGUAUUGCAAAGUACGUUAAUCCCCUUAUAAGCAAAGUCAAACAAUUUCCUAUCAGACCAGUCAGAGCUGUGACAGCAACUUUUCUCCAGUUUGCACUACAUUUUAAAAUUGCAGUGAGCAGGAGGAACAGUGUUUGGGAGAUUACUUUCAGAGAUAUGGAAAGAACUAGAAUGGGAACAUACCAUGCACUCGAAUUACUACUAUCCAUACUUAGGAGAACUUACACCAAGCAAAUCUGAGUGACAGCUUCUCACAAAUUUCACACCAUGAAUAUCAUCUUAAAGUAUUCCGUCUCUACACUAAGCUAGACAAAUCUCAGUUUCCCAAUUUUUCAAUCUUAAAAUCAGCUUUCCACAUUGGUUUGAGAAUGUUCUUUUUAAAAGUCAGCGUGAAAAUCAACACACAUUUGUAUGUGCAUUUUCCCUAAUCUACACAUUUUUGCUAGGAAUUUCCCCCAAUUUUUGUAUAUUAUUUUCACAAAUAUAUGCACACUUCCCCCCCAAUAUAUGUUGUUUGGUUGGAGAACUGCAUGCCAAAAUUUGGAGAAGUCUGAAUUUUGAAAAACAGCUGCAUUUGGGUUUGUGUAUUGGUUUGGGAAAUAUAAAUUCACUUAAACGGCUCCAUUGAAAAGAAGCAAGCAACAUUCGAUACCUAUCUGAGGUUUCUUCAGGAUAAUAUUUUAUUUAUUUAUAUUAAAAAUUAUAAAUGGCACCAAGUCCAAUAAUAGAUUUUACGGUGGCAUGGAAAUAAAUUCAAAACUACAAAUGCAUUAUAUUAUAAUACAAACCAAAAAUAUGAUAAAAUUAAGAGAGGUGAAACAUGAAACCUGCUAAAACUAUCACAAUCUAAAUUGCCCAGUGCACAUAAAAAGGUUUUAACAGUGUAGCACAAAGAAUACAGUGCCCACACUAAAUGCCUCGGGUUCAACAAUCCUCAGCAUCUCCAGGUAGGAUUUAGAAAGACGCCUGUCUGUAUACAAUACUGAGCUCUGUUGACCAAUGGUUUGGCUCUGUAGAAGGCAGCUUCCCCGCACAUCACAGAGAGGGCUAUUCAAAAGCUUUGUCUCUGACCACGCAGUAACCUAAACCAUGUGCUUCUUGCACAUGUGCAAGAAUUGAGGUUGGAAACUUACACCACCACCCCUUGGCACUUACUCAAAAGAAGAGACAAAUACCCUCCGAGUGAGGAAGGUUUUGACCAUGGGAUCCUAGCCAGCGUUAAUCUGCUCAGGUGGAGCUGUUCAGCUGCUGCUUUGUCAUUUCAGGCCUAUGGGCUCUGGUAGGCCUCAGCCUUUCCUGUCAUUUAUUUUUGUUUCUCCCAAGAGUGAGAAGAUAAGGAAGCGAUUGUCUUGGUGCAGCACACCAGAAUCCUGUGGGGAUGUGUUCAGUAAGAAUGCUGCUGUGCGCUGCCAGGACAUUGCAGAGACACAUUAUAUCGGGGUGUGGAAUUCCUCUGCCUGGCACAGGACGACACGCGCUCUGUUCUUGCAGUCUGAUCUCGAUGGAGAGGAAGGCUGGGAGAUACCUUGCCAUCUUGGAAGAUCGGGGCUGAGCCCUGGCUUCCCCACCCCAGACCCGGAUUGAACAUAUUGCACUGUUUGGAGAACAACACUACAACCAUUGGAUGGCCACAUAUUCGACUUGAAAGAGGUCAUUUCCUCUGCUUGAAUAAGUCCUCUCUUUUAAGGGAUGCCUGGUCCAAGUCUGGUAGUCAAGAUGAAGAGUCACAGAGUGUAGACCCAUGAAACUGAUGGGCAUGACUUAACUUGGGUCAUAAGUUGUGUCCAUCAGUUUCAGGGGUCUACUCUGUGACUCUUCAUCUUGACAACCAGACCAGGUCACCUUAACCUGAGGGGAUACAACCCAAAGGCAGGAGAGCAGGUUACUAGAAUGUGGCCGGCAACAGUUGGUGUGGGGACAGGAGCCUAAGCAGGCACACAAGCGCCAUGCUGAGAUAUACUGUGCUUCUAUUUACAUUAUAGUAAUAGCUGCUCAGGUUGAAUCCUCUUGGGUUUUGUGGUGGUGCAUUAAGUGGCCACCCUAUGCAACAAGUUAUAUAAAAUGUAAGGAAGCAGAACCUGAUCAGCAGGCUAGAACAAUGUACAAGGAAGAGGAAACACUGGGCAUAAUUGUGUGGGAAUAAGAGGGCGUUCGGUGGGGGCUUUUCAUGCAUUCUUGGGUUGCAGUUAACCAUCUCUUUAUGCUGUGACCUGUGUGGGUUGGCCAUACUUUAAAGUGAUAGUAGCCUUGAUCAUCAACUUUACAUAGGAAGUCAGAACAUUGGUCAUAUCUUUCUAGCUCAGCAUUGGUGACAGAGCAGUGGCUUUCCAGGGUUUCAGGCAGGAGUCCCCAUUGGCCUGACCUGGAGAUCCUGGGGAUUGAACCUGUGACCUUUUGCAAGCAAAUCAGGUGCUUAACCACUGAGCUACAGCUCAUUCCCAACAACUCCCCCCCACCCCCGAAUGAUCAUCUGUGAUCUUCCCAGGCAUAUAUUAAGCAGCUGAAGAAGACAGUCCACAAAUUGUCAACAGAAGGUUACAUGGACAGCACUUCCAACCAGUUUUCAGAGUGGGAAGAUGGCUAUCGACUUCUUAUUUCUUCUUUCCAUGUUUUGAUUGCUGUGCUCUCUCUUCUUCUGUAUUAGUAUGGUGGUCUGCCUGAAAGAGAAGUGACUAUCCUAUGAGGCAGGAGUGGGGCCUGUGGCAUUUCAGAUCGUGCUGGACUACAACUCCCAUCAUCCCUGAUCAUUGGCUAUGCUGCCCGAGGCUGAUGGGAACUGGAGUUCCAUCUGGAGGACGACUGAUCAGAUGGAAAAGAAGAACCCACAGUCUUUUCCUUAAUAGGAAAUGCCUUGAAUGGGCUGCUUCUGGGGUUGGAUUGGAGAAGAAGUGUUUGAGAAGCAGCUCAGUUCAGAAGACACUGCUUGAAUAGUGUGUCCUAGUAAACUGUCCAAGUCCAAGUGAUACUUGUGUCACACCUGCAGUUAAUUUGUACAUAAAACCUGUUAUAUAUUACAAUAUUUUAUAUGCCAAUGGCCAUAACAAAACAGUCCAGUGAGCUUUAUAUAUUGGAGAAAGGUCUGAAGGAAAACUACCCUUUAACCCACUUAUAUGAACUGAUGCUGAUGUAACAUUCAUCCUCCAAGUAUCCAUUGAGGAAUAUGCAUUAACAAUGUUGCAUCAUAGUAGAAGUAGUAGUGGUAAUUUAUUUAUACCCCACCCAUCUGGCUGGGUUGCCCCAGCAACUUUGGGCAGCUUCCAAAACAUAUAAAAACAUAACAAAACAUCAAACAUUAAUAGCAACGAUCUGAUCCAAUAUAAAAAGCCACAAUAACAACGAAUCCAAUGCUCACCUUUUUUGGCCAAAUUAUGUUGUGAAAAUUAAGGUGCGCAUUAGAUUCCAUGGCACAUUUACAUUCACCAGCAAAUACUUUUUUUGGUUUCAAGGCUCUGAAAACUGAACUGCAUGUUAGAAUUGAUGGUGAAUACAUGGAUUUUCCAGGGAUCCUCCAGGAAUACAUAUCAUGGAGGGAAAGUAUUUGAAGCCUACUUUGCAAGCAGCCAGAAAUUCAGACAAAGGAAUACUUCUUCUACUGUUGUCCCUCCCUUUGGGUCAUCUUUCCACCUGCAACUGCGGUUAGGAACACACCCUGUGUCAAAACCAGACACCUGUCCUGAAAGAGGAAACAGUCACUAACAAUGCACUAUUAUGCAUCUCUGUUCAGAAGUAAGUCCCAUUUAGUUCCAUGGGACAUGCUCCCAGGGAGUUAUUAACUGGACUGCAGCCCCAGAGGCAUGAACAGAGUCCAGGAAAUGGAGAAUGAUUGUUAGCAUAUGUGGAGGGUCCGGCUGCUCUUCUGCAUCUCCAUUACCUUCUUGUGUUCUGCAAGAAUAUUGUAACAUUCUCUCAAUACAGCUGCAUUGCAAAAGCAGUGACUCGUUUAAAAAAUGCAGCAAACAGGCACAGAGACUCAAGCUGCAAGAGUUGUGCUAGAAGCCUUGACUGGACCAUUAUGGGAUGUGUAUGAUUGCACAGCAGCUGAUCCCAAGGGAACUCAACAAAAUCAAUUCCUCUAGAGGUGUGUGUGUGUAGGUCACAUGCAUUGCUCAGGAAUUAUAAGAAACUCCCCAAUCAGUACAGUUUUGAAAAGUUAAGUUACACCAACAUGUUUCAAAAUGGUUAGGGGUGCCACAUGUCCAAAUUUCCCCAGACAUUACCGGGAUUUCAAAAGCGGAACUGGUGGAAUUUCUGAAAGGUGGUGUUUUGACAAUUGAAAAAAUCAUGGGGUUUUUUUGGCGUUUUGUAAAGAAAAGCUUAACUCCUCUCAGGGUGUCCUGUUUUUUUACUUUUUGAAAUAUGGCAACCCUAAAAAUGGUGUCCAGUUGUAUCCAAACAUAGACAAAAAACUGCUCAUUGAUCUCAGGCACCAUCAUGCAAAAUUUAGUUGCGAUGUCUUCUGCAGUGUCCAAAUGCAUAAAGAACAGAUGAAACAACAACUUUCCAAAAUAUAUAUGCUAUAGACAUGCGUGCGCGCACAGAACCCCAUAACGGCAAGCACGCGUUUUACACAAAGUUCUCAUUCUCAGAAGCAGCACAUGAGGACAACUAUAAUAAGGGGUAGUAUGGAGUUAAACAUUGUCUGUAAUUAUUAUGAGUUCGUGCUCCACCCUUUAGUUUGUUAUGCUGUUACUUUCAUUUUCCCGUCAAAUUGCGUUAAUCUGUUGAUCCAGAGGUUUUCAACUUUUUGAGUCCAUGGCUCCCUUGACCAACUACUUUCUUUCUGCGGCACCCCUGUGGGGCUCAGGAGCCCAGUUAGGUCAUCCCUUGCUUGUUUCCUCAGCCUCCUCUCCUCUCCCUUCUCCUUGGGAGUCCUCCAGACAGCUACCACCACCGCUCCUGGUCUCUGAGCUCCCGCCCGCCCCAAAGAGAGGUGCCUCCUCAUGCUGCCCCACAGGGGCCUAGGAAAAGGAUUCCCCCAUUUGCCUGGGGAAUUUGUAGCCAGGGCUGCUGCAACAAACAGCCACACAAGCCUUUGGGAGGCAGAGACACAAGAGGGCAUCAGAGGAGGGAGGGAAGAAAAUUGAGAUAGAGGCCAGUGUUGCCCAUGGCACCCCUGACCAUCAUUCAUGGCACCCCAGGGUGCCACAACACACUGGUUGAAAACCACUGUGUUAAUCAAUAAACAGUCCUUCUUUCUGGGUCUGCAAAGUGAAUAACCCUUUUUUAUAUGAAAUAAGAACUUAACAGCAUUAAGCCUGUUUCCUGAUGACCCUUCCUGAUAGUAGGUGGAGGUUCACAUGCUACCUAGAUACUUCUGCCCAAUACAUGAAAAUGCCCUACACGUUUUUGUUUUGUUUUUUUAAGAAGUAGGGAACCCAGAACGUCAGGGGGAAAGGUUCUAGUCUUCUAUGUGUGUGAGAACCCAUGGGAAAACAUUCCUUCAUAGGAGCCCUCUCCAGGACUCAAGAGAUUGGUAUGCCACGAUUUUGUUUAGCAGUGCACACAGCAGCUCUCAGUUAGGUCACAAAAUCAGAAAAGUCUAUUAGCACGGUUAUGAACUCACACAAGACACCCACAAUAAACAAUAAACCAUGUUAUGUAAAAUAAAUAAAAUGGGUUGUAAGCAACGUGGCUCCAUGUACACAGUUUCGUCAGCACAAAGAUUUCUGCUUGCACAAUUCCCCCCACUCCACUUGCAAGUUUCCAGAGCAGAUGUGGAGAGGGCACUGGGUGCCUACAGUGGGAGGCGGAGGAAGCAGUAAUCCUUGUGCUGCCAGGCGAGUUACUGGGAAACCACCCAAUGGAGUCACAUACCCUCCAACAUUUAUCCGAUGAAAAUAGGGAUGCCCCGUUCCAUAAUGAUAAUUUUACUAUUUAUACCCCACACAUCUUCCUGGGCUGCCCCAGCCACUCUGGGCAGCUUCCAACAUAUAUAAAAACUUAAAACAUUAAACAUUUAAAAAGCUUCCCUAUACAGAAUUGCCUUCAGAUGGCUCGGGGGUUGGAUGAUGCCAUACCCUCCAAUGAAAAUAGGGGCAUCCUAAGGAAAAGUGGGACAUUCCGGGAUCAAAUCAGAAAAUGGGACAGCUUCUCUAAAUCAGGGAUGUUCCUGGAAAACAGGGACACUUGGAAGCUUACAGCAAAUCUAGGACUUCCGGGGUGGCGCCACUGGCAAUGGCGGACUCCCUCUGAACUGGGGGACUAGCUCCGCGGAAAACGGGUCUUCUCCGCUACGGCGAAGCGGGGACCCUCUUAAAAAUCACAGGCGGAUGAAGCCUGUGACCAUGGGACUCGGCGGGCACCUUUAGCACCCCCCAACCCGCUAAGGAACCCAUUAACGGGCUCUGAAGUGAAGAGGGGGAAGUGGCGCGGUGCUGUGAGUCAACUGCUAUUUCCGUGGAGUGAAGCCGCAUAGCCGUUGCCGGAGAGCGCUGCCUUUUUCCUGGGACAAUUUGGUCUUUAAAAUAAGCACCCGUGAGUACUUAGACUUUGAACAAUUGGACAUCAAAUAAGGACUUGCGAGCAGGAAAGAAUUGGACUUUAAAAAUUUACUCUAAUUUGGUACGGAACGGGAAGGUCUAAACAGGAAGUCAACCUUCCGUUCUUUUGUAAACAGAAUAAAGCAAAGACAAUUGAAACUAGAGCUCAGAAAAUCGUUUUUAAAAGAUUGGAUUUCACCAUUUAAAAUUGUGGAACCCCCCUUCGACAGCAGGAGAAGGGGGGAUCUUUUUGGACUGUUUAAAGUGACUUUAAAGUGAAGUAACUUUCCUCCGUCCUGAUCCUGGAGCGGGGUGUCAGGACUGACGUUUGAAGUUCAUUGACCAAAGACAAGUGUCGUUGACAGAUAGCUAAAAGAAGAGAAACCUAGUGAUUCCACUGUUCCCUUUCGCAUUUUAAAGGAAUAUAUACGGACAAAGUAUCUUAAAAAAGGAAACUUUGUUGCAAGAACAAAUAGAAGUCUUCCCCCGAGGGGGAGUCUGUGAAAUUGUAACUGUGAAACUGUAACUAACUCCAGGGAGCCGGCAGCGGUUACAGAUUACAACCGUGGGAACAGGCAUCUGACCUUGCAGGACAAUGUAUUCAGAAGCCUUGUUGUGUGCUCUCUAUAAAACAAAUGCCCUACUGGAACAAUUACACGAGAAGGUGAAUUGGAUGGCGACUUCGACUAGAAAUUUUGAACAGGCAGUGGGAAAUUUUGAACAGACAGUGGGAAAAUAUGUGGAGCCCACUCAGGAAUUAAAUCAGGAGAGUGUCUUGACAGAACAGGAGUUUUUGACAUUAAAUCAGGAGUGUGUUUUGACAGAACAGGCCCAACAGGAAUAUGAUUUUUCGGAUUUGACAAAUGAACUUGGAAAAAGCCAGAUUUGGAAAGGAAAAGUUUGGCUUGGUUUGGAAAUGGGGGGCUGGAUUGACCCCCCUAUGCUGGGACGUUUGGACUUUUCAAAUAUGGCAACGGGCCGUGAGAUGUUUGGGACUGUGGGGGCUCUCAAUUUUGGAGGGUCUUUGAAACAUGCUUUUAAAUACUACAUGGAAUUUAGUGUUGAACAUGGAAAAGGGGCUGAUUUGUCGAGAAGGGCUAAAAACAUUGUCAAGCUGGAGUUACCACGAGCAGGAGACAAGGGAAAAUACAGUUACAAAUAUGAAGAAGAGCCGCGGAAGGGACAUGGAAGAGACUUGAGGGCCUCGGAUAAGGUUGCCAGGUUAAUGGGCUAGAUUGACGGGAAUAAGGACUGACAAAACCCGGAACCAGGAGGAAGGGACGCUGGAUGAAGAGUGGAUCUGUUUGUACCCCUUUUUUUCUACCAUUAGAACUGCUUUAUAAAAGUGAUGAAUGAUAGAAAAAUGUUGGAAUGAAAUUACUUGGCUUUAGCAAAGAUGUUUAAAGAAUUAUGAAAGAAUAUUAUGGUUAUGAGAAGUUGGUAAGGAUAAGAUUUAAGUUUUAAGUUUUAAGGUUUAUUUUAUUAUAGAAAGAUAAGAUCAAAAUAGUUUAGGGUAAUGCAAGGACAGAAUUUUAUGAAACAUGGAAAGGAUUUGCUGGGAUAAUUAAUAACUAGGAUACAAAGAAAGGGAGGAGGAGGAGGUCUAAGAAAGAAGGCAAUGACAGUUAAGGAUUGGAAAAUAAUGAAUUUGUUUUUAAAUGUUUUUAAAGGUUUGUGAUUUUUCUUUUUUUCUGUCAUUUUUUCUUAUUUUGAAUUUUCUCUCAUAUGGUGGGAAGGGGUUUUUUUUUCUUUUCUUUUCUUUUCCUACUUUGUCAACUAUUUUUAUUUUUUUGUACUUUCUUCGGCUUUUUUAUUUUUUUAUUUUUUGUAACAUUUUGAAAAUUUCAAUAAAUAUCUUUAAAAAGGAAGGUUACAGCAAAUCUGACAGGAUCAUUUAAAUCUGAUCCUGCUCUAAUAAGAGAGGAGAUCUGGGCUUAAAUGAGGUGGGCUCCAUUAGCUAAAGUGGUACCUCAGGUUAAGAACAGUUUCAGGUUAAGAAUGGACCUCCGGAACGAAUUAAGUUCUUAACCAGAGGUACCACUGUAAUUCAUAUUUUUAAUGAAAGGGGAAUCUUUUUCCUUCUGGUAAAACCAUUCACUCCAAAGUCUAAAAUUACAUAAUUGUACCACUAGCCAAAUUUUGGGGGUGUGCUUUGUGGAUGAGCUGAACCCUAGUCUUAGUCAAGCACACUUCUAGUGCUGUAGCUGGGAUUGAGGAGAAAAGGGGAAAUGAGAAGCAUAAAGGAACACGCAGGUUCCUGCAGACAGGAAGCACAUUUUGCAACUCUGUUUGCUCUAAAAAUUGGUGCUAUAUUUUGUUUGAGACAGAGAACUGGGCCUAUGUUUUCACAGGUAUACGCUGUAUAAUAUAGAAACUGGGAUUAGCCAUAACUUCCUGCUCCAUAUUGGGGUGAACAUUUACAACACCUCAUCCUUAAAGAAAUGUCAGAUAACAGAAAUCUAGAGCUUGAUUGGACCAGGACAAGUUAAUAUGUUUAGUGCUAAGCCAUGAUGAUAAUAGGAUAAAAGGUGCUGUAACUAAAUUUUGCCUACCAGACAAGCUGAAAAGAUGAAACUUGGCAGUAGUUUGGGGUUCAUGAGGUUGUUAAAUGUUCUAUCCGCAAAGGUUUGGGGCAUAUGUUUUUACUUAAUUUUAAUUAAAAGUCUUUCCAUAUUGCCAAAUAAAAUGAAAAAAAUGGUUUUAAUAGUUGCUGCACAGUUCUAAAUGUUUCACAAGCUCACACAUUUCAUAAAGUUGGUCACUAAAUUACAGUAUAGGGCCUGACUGAUCCACAAAGUGCUCAGCAUCAGCACAUGUUUACACAGCGAAGUAAGUAGUCCUUAGAAACUGUAGUUAGGAUUGCAGCCUAAGUCUAACCCUACAUCAUGUCCAUUACAUGUACAGUAAUUGUUUGGUUAUGUGUACAUUUACACAAAAAACAACAAUGUACUUUCUUCCACCUCUAAAUCUAAUCAAUAGGGCAUUCCAGUUGGUUAUUGAUUAGGUAAUUUCCAAGUUUUGGAGUCUGCAGUUCUUGGCUAAUUGGAACCAUUGGCCCAGAAAGAGUAAGGUCAGCAAGUUGGAGGGAAAGGACUUUUCAUCUGGUGUCUCCUGCCUUCUGCCAAGUUUGUGAUUAAGUAAAACUUCCAUACCACUUCCCAAACCACUGCUGUAAAGCAAAGGAAAUGACUGGGAGCAUUCCAGCUUUAACAGCACAUUGACAGGGAGACAGGCAACUCAAGGAAUGAGUCUCUCCCCUUCUCUCUUUGACUUGCCAUAUGUGUUUUAUUUUUUUAAUUAUGGCGAUUGCGCCACAGAAGAAAAUCCCUUAUGUACUAUAGAAAAUCAUGGCUUUAUAAUGCUCCACAAAAGCCAUAUUAACUCCUUAUACAGUAUGUCUUAAUCUUCAACCCCAUGCAUAGUGGCUGGAGCUGGCAGAGAUACCCAUUUAAACCAAGAUAACUUGCUUCAGUUCCAAAUAACAUUGCAGAGACCACAGAUACAGAAGAUGAUUAUUUUUCCAGGGAUUGUGAAUGAAAUGACCCAAAUUUGCACUGUGUGUGUGUUUAAUUUUCAUUUUCAUUCAACUGCAUUUCCCCCCAUUAUUUACUUAUUCUUGAAUGUGAUUGAAAUUCUUGCCUAAUUAAUUAAAAAUAUUAAUAAACAACAAUAACAACCUGCAUCCUUCCAGGAUCCCAGAGCACAAACUUGUCUGAAGUGCUGUUUGAUGCUUUAAAAACCAUCUGUUGACAGGACCCUUUGAUUCAUAGCAGAGCAGCUGAGGAAGGCAUUUUGCUAUCAGAAAUUAAUCUCUCUUUUUUUGUUAGUCACUGUAAUACACACAACAGAUACAUGUGCCCUUCUUUCUUACCCAGCUAUCUAUCUUUACACACACUGUAUUUAAAAAAACAACCCACCCAGACUCAUAGGGUUACUGCAGCACUCCCUAACAUCUAUAUCCUAUCCUCAAAACAGUGCCCAACCUCACUCUACUGCUCUCUGAAUUUGGAUGCUACCUUUGAUUAGAAGCAGACGCUAUGCAGCUAUUUUAUAUCUUGAAACAUCUUUCCUCCUCCACCACAUACAUAGCAUUCUACAAAGAGAAAACCUGGCAGAGAUUGGCUCUAGUAGUUAGUGCAGCAAAUGUAGGACAGUGUGAUCAUGUACAGAACAAGCAGUGCCCAAAACUCUCUGCUUUGUCUCACUGGGCACUGAUGCCCACAUCAUUAUGUUUUUAAAGUCCUUUUGCAGCCCGUAGCUUCCCAAAAAACAUUUUGCAUGAACUUCUUCCUUUAGAGACAUAGCAGCAGACAGCAAAUCCUUCGAAGUCUGUUUUGCGAAAUAAUUGCAGAAAAUCCAAGUGCCAGGAUGAGUUUUAAAGGAGCUGUACUAAUUCUCCCUCCCCAAUUUACCCGUGGCUCUUUCUUGCAUUCUAUAUAGUGGCUGGAGUUGUGAGUGGGGUUGAGCUAUAACCCUCCAGAGGUUCCUGAACUGCAACUCCCAUCAUCCCCGUGCUGGCUGGGGCUGAUGUGAGCUGGAGUCCAACAACACCAAAGUUGCAGGUUCGAUUCCUGUAUGGGGCAGUUGCAUAUUCCUGCACUAGGUUCCCUUCCAACCCUACAAUAGAUAAGUCAACAGAUUCACCAUUCCUGCUGUAUGAGAUCAGAAGAAAUGACAGCCCAGAACGGCAACAGACACCAAUGCCUUUGGUAGUCCAUGAAGGAAGCAAAAGACCCAUUCACUGGCUGUUCUUUCCUCCCCACCCUUACUCUUGGGGGUAUUUAUUUAUUACAUAUCCCACCUUUCUUCCAAGGAGUUGAAGGUGGCUCUCCCUCACAAUCUCUGAGGUAGUUUAGGCUAAGAGGCAGUGACUGGCCCGAGGUCUCCAAAUGUACCUCAUGGCUGAGUGGGGAUUUGAACCCAUGUCUCCCAGGUCCUGGUCCAACACUCUAACCACUACACCACACAAGGGGGACCAAGGUGACAGGCCUUUCCUGCUCCCUUAAAUCUCACAAGCACCAGAGACUUGCAUUUAAUUUGUACCAAAAUAGGUUGCAUGCCAACCUUGUGAGGAUUUUUUUAAAAAAAGAGUACUAUUGUAACAAUAUUUGGGACUCUUAAUACGAACAGGUCUGCCUGUGCUCACCCACUUCACCUCCUCAGUCUGCUAGGAAGUGUGUGGUGCUGGGGUCUAACCACUGAGCCUCUUGGGCUUGCUGAUCGGAAGGUUAAUGGCACAAUGGGGUGAGCUCCCAUUGCUCUGCCCCAGCUUCUGUCAACCUAGCCCUUCAAAAGCACACCAGUGCAAGUCGAUAAAUAGACACCGCUGUGGCGGGAAGGUAAACGGUGUUUCCAUGAGCUCUGGCUUCCGUCACGGUGUUCCGUUGCACCAGAUGCUGGCCAGAUGACCCAAAAAGCUGUUUGUGCACAAACACUGGCUCCUUCGGCCUGAAAGCAAGAUGAGCACCGCAACCCCAUAGUCGCCUUUGACUGGACUUAACCAUCCAGGGGUCCUUUACCUUACCUUUGCUGUUUGGACUAGCAUGAAUUGAAAUUGAAACCAGCACAAUACUUGUAUGGAUAACACCUGGAAAAACCCUGCCUGUUCUAGUCAACUCUGUCUUUUAGUGUGAGAUACAGGAUUAUAUAAACAAAUAGUAGGAUGCUUGCCCACUAUGCAGAGGUGAGCUGAGUGCGGAGAUCUCUAGGGACACACUGUGACCUCUGAAUGAUCAAAAUAAUAAUAUAAAAACCCCGGAAUGUCAACUGGUUUGUCCACAGAUUGAUGUUUGCUCCAAUUCAGUGGUAAAGAGAUUGUUUUCCCAGGGAAAGCGGUGGCGCAAACAGAAGACCAUUUGGUCCUGAGCCGAAAGCAGACAACAAGCAGAAAACUAGCUAGAUCUGUGCUUUCUAGGCAUGGGGCAAACAAAGUAUGAAGGAGCCCUGUAGGACUCAGCAGGUAGGAAGAUGGGGACAAAGCAAGAAUUGGCUUCCACCUACUGUUGGUCUCUCAGCCUUCCACCCCACCAGCACUGCUGAGCACCAGCUACCAUUGCUGUCAAGCUGCUAAAAGACAGGCCUGGAGUCACAGAAACACAACAGUGAUCAAGGAGGGAGCCUCUUGUGGAAUGUGUGAAGAGCCCCCUUGCCUGCUGGGGUUAGUGGGGAAGGGAGAAAAACCCAUCCUUCUUGGGCCAUUUAGAAAUAACUAAAUAUAAUUGUUUUCCUUCUUCCAUUGUUAUUAAUGCAAAUAAACUUGACCCGCCUGGGGCUAUGAGGAGGACUGCCAAGUCCAUAUUACCAAGCAAGGUCCUAAAUCCCAUUUUUAUAUAAACCCCUAUUUAAAACCGAGGCUGGGAUGGAAACUCUGACAGGACCAGAGCUCAAGUGGGGAUGGUAGCAGCAGUUGACGCUCUAACAAAGCAUUCCUUAGGUGAUGAUGUAACCACUUGAACGGCAGCCUAAGCGAGGUUUGCUUGUGCCAGAUAUUUGGAGGAGUUAUUAGGACUGGGCUUUAUCCUUGUAAUUGCCUGUGAUUUAUUGCCUCUUUUUAAAAAAUACGCGCACAGAAACCCUUCUCAUUCCUGCGCUCACUCUGCGCCCUGGAACAGGCUAUUUCUAGGCUCCAGAGCUGGCUAUAAAAAGCAUCCUCAGAGCUGUGGAUCUGCAGGAGUAGCAAACUAAGCUUCCCCCAGUUGCCUGACGUCGCGAUUGACCAUCCAGUUGCUCUUGCAGAACGGGGCAUCUGCGGUGUGAAGUUCGGGUGAAGGGGAGGUGCAUGGCAAGGCCUUUGGAAAGUGUGUUCUGCACACCCCGGCGCUGUGCAGUUUGAUGCCAGACACACUCCUUGUUUGUCAGUUCUUUAAGCCUCCUUCAUGUUUUCCAGCUGUUCCUUCCCCUCGAGGGAGCGAGGGGCCCAAUGUGCUCCUUGCUCUGCAAAGGUGGAGGCUUGGAGUCGGGAACGCCAGCUGCGAGGAUGCAAAGCAGAAAGCUAGGUAGAAGGAGGAGGAAGGUUCAUAAAUCUCAAGGAAGUGGGGUGGGUGUUAUGAUCUAUGUGCAUUCCGAGACAUGAGGGGAUCUUUCUUUUAACUCUCUCUGCUUCGUCGCGUGAGUUGGCAGCAGGAAAGAGGAGUGUCCGAGGCCACAGCAAGAUCUUCCCUGUUCACACCAUCAGACAGCUGGUUCAUUGGGGUGAAUCGAGGCCCUGCCCCGCCAACCCUCUGCCACAGUGGCAUGUUCUCAUGCUAAGAGAAAUUAAGCCUGGCAGUGGAUUGUGAAACAUCCUUCAGUGCAGUAGCUGUUCCUGGCACACUAGGGCAGUCCUCUGGGAGCUGAGGGAGUCACAUGUCUGCCUGAGGAGCUUAGAUUUUAAUUGUGCCGCAGCUCCCGGGUCAAAGAAUUGCUGAAUUAUUUUAGUGUCUCAGGAAACCAGGAGGAAAUGUCCCAAUACCGGCCAGCAUAAAGGUUUCUCAGAAAUGCAUAGUUCUUUCCCUGUUUUGGUUCAGCAUUCACGAAUGGAAAAAAAAGGGAGAUGUGAUCCUGUUUGUGUCUUUUCUACAGAAAAAGAUCAAAAUUCAGCAUGAAAGAGGACAGGCAUCCUGUGAAUUAAAGGCACUGAAGACAGAAAAUGGUAAGAUACAAACAGACAUAGCUUCUCCAUUUUAAAAUCAGUAAUGUCUAUUUUGUUUUUUAAAGGUAUAUAAUAUACAGGGCUUUUUUUCGGGGGAAACUCACAAGGGCUCAGUUCCGGCCCCCCUCAGAUGAGCACCAUUGCCAUUAUAAGGGAUCAAGGGUGAGUUCCUGGUGAGUUCCAGCCAGUGCUAUUUUUCUAGAAAAAGAGGUGCCAGAACUCACUAUGAACACCUCCCUCGUUCUCUUAGAAUGGCAAAAGUGCCCACCUGAGAGGUGCCAGAACUGAGUUCUUGGGAGUUCCCCCUGAAAAAAAAACCUGGUUCCAGUACCUCUUUUUCUAGGAAAAUAGCACUGGUAAUAUGUAAAGAGUCCCAACCAUUCCUGGACAUGCAUUCACAAGGGCAGGCAUUGAACACCUUAAAAGGUAACGAUAGGUACAUCUAGCUGCAGAAACAAAGGCUUCAGAAAUGGUAACUUAUGAGUUCAGCCUUCAGUGGGUAAGUGCUUCCACCUGCUAUGACAAGCAGCAAACUGAGGUGCUUAUUCAUGAGUAGAUCUUUUCCUGGUAGAACUUCCAGCUUGCCUUGAUACAUAAUCUGGGGUCUGCUGACAGAUGUGUACAGGCUAGACUGUUAACUGGUGAGUAGACUUGUUUUGGGUGGAUGUGCCAGUUUGUUGCUUUAAACAGCCGGUAUCGCCAGUGAUUAAAUCCUAGGGAAAUAGAUGGUGUGGACAUUUACCAAGCAUUUUACAGUCCUGCAAUCUGAUUAUUUAAUAUUCUGGCUUUACAAAUGGCAAUGGAAAAUCAGUUAGGCUAGCCAACAUUUCUUUUCUUGUAAUAUUUGAAAUACUUUUUUUAAAAAAAACAAAAAACAAAAUAGCACCCUAAAUUUCAACAUGGAAUAGGGAUUUUAAUCCAGGAUUUCUGGAGCUGAGGCAAAUCCAGCCCAUCAAAUCCAGCUCUAGUUUCAUUUUAAAAUGGUAUUUACAAGUGACUAACUGUCCCAGAGUAUGAACUGGGGAUUCACUUUCAAAUGUGCAUCUCAUUAAAAGCAACACAGUGUAGACAGGUGGUACCCAGACUCAGGAAAUGAUGCAUGUUUGGGAGGUUUCUUAUAUAUCCAGAUCUGCUUAGUUAGACUGGAACAACUGUGCAACACUGGAUAACAUAGAUUCCCCUGUACAUAUUAAACUGAGGCUUUAGGCAAUAUAGGUGCAAGGAACUGAGCAGGACAGGCACGUUUCUCCCUAAACAACAGAGCAUGAGUAAUGCUAGCAGCAUCUGCAUAAGCUACUCCCAGGUGGAACAUAAAUAAAAUUACUUUCUAAAAUUCCUGUGAGAAACUAAUUUCAUCCAUGCAGCGUAUAAGUCUACAUUCUGUGUGAUGCCCAUGAUACUAGCCUGUCCUGAUAUUACUUGUCAUAGGCAGGUAGAAUUUAUUGAGAUGAAUUGUGUAUUUGAUGAGUGAGGUGAAAAACUGACCGUGGUCUAAAGUUUUGGCAGCUGCGCUGUCUCACUUAGCCAAGGAAUUUCCCUUAAAUAAGCAACACCUCCAUUUAACGAACAGUGAAGUCCAGUCCGGUCAGGAGAGGGAAGCAGCAAUAUCUUGAAGGAGAGGGUGGUUCCAGCAGAGGAUGUAAAAAGAAUCAACAUUUAUCUGUAUAACUGCCUUUAUAGCUGUUAAAUGUGCAGCUAUGCUCCUGAUAUGUUUUAGGGAGAGCAUAGCGCUAUUGGAGUAGCAAGGUUUACUCCAAUUACUUGAGCAAAAGAGUAAUCUGUGCAUUUCUCCACUAACUGUGCCAGACUGACAUUCUGCUCUCAAAGACAUUGCUUACAAACCAGCACACACUGGCCUGUGUCACAGUGCAGAUCUUACAAGCAAUACAGUCCCAAAACAAACCAUGAAUUUGGGCGCACCAUUUCUGCCCUGUAGCUGCUGAGCAGUAGGGCAGAAUCUCUCUUGGGGUCCCUUUCAAUUCAUUGAUUUUUGACUCAGAUGGGUGCAUGGUUUUUAUUUGUAGAGCUGUAUGUGGAAAUGGCCUUUCAAAGUUCUCUUAUUUGUGUGCAGACAAAUUGGACUUAACAUGUCAUCAAAUUUCUCCAGAGGGAGGAGAAGUUUUACAACAGUUUCUCAGAGAAGGGGCUCAGCACUAGCAGUGGCAAUACCUUCUUCCCCUUCCUAUAUAUCUAUAUCAUCUAUCUAUCUAUCUAUCUAUCUAUCUAUCAUCUAUCUAUCUAUCAUCUAUCUAUUUAUCAUCUAUCUAUCAUCUAUUUGCCACCACCACCACAAGUGGCAGGAAGAAGUAUUGGCAGCCUGGCCACCAUUUUGUAUUUUCCACAAUGUCCCAGGUGUUGCUCCAGGGCAGUGCAUGUGGAAGGAAAGGGGGAAGAGAAGGAAUGGUGGCCUCCACAAAAAAUGGCAGAGAAUAUUUGGCCAGAAUUCUGCAAAGCGAGCACCCUUUUGAGGGGACAAUGGAAGUAAACCCUCUGGAAUUUUCUCAGGAAAAUGUCUUUUGAGACACUUUGGCUCAGCUCUAGUUUUCUGUUAAAUACCUGGGUUUGUGAGUAAUCUUGACAGGUACCUAUCUUCCCCUUUUUAAGGAGAUUAGCUGAUGGCUCUCAAUAGCUGGAAUUUGGAUAGCAAAGUUGGCAAGGGUCAAGAGGGCAUGUCUGUCUUCUCAUACCUUUCCACCCUUGUUUUGGUUGAGGAUGAUGCCAGCAAGCUGUGUGAAUCAGCCGCUUUUAAGAAAGAGAAGAGACAUGAUCUGGGACUUUGGACUGUCCUAGGAUGCAGGCUGUUCUGCCAGCAGCCUUGAUGUGAGAACGGCAGACUUUGGAGCCUCAAUCUUUGCUCAGCCUGUAUAUUUGUUAGUACACGCAGAUGUUACAAAACACUAUAACCCUCCAGGGCUCUUAUUCAAAAGGAGACAAGCGAGCCAUUUGCCCCUGAAACAUCUUGCUGCUCCUAGAAUCGGAAAGAGCAAAACUGUUUGAUCAGUCAUCCAUGUUAUUAUUUGAUGCAAGUGCUUAAUAUACGCAAGUUUCGUUUAAAGUGUUCAAAGCACUACAUGCAUAUUACUUACAUGGUAUUGUGUUCAUCCUUUGUGCUAAAUAUGAAUCCUGUAAGCCAGUUUUAGUUGCCCAAUAAGGAAGCUGUACCAAAUAGCUUAACAAAUAUUAGUUGAAAGGACUCCAAAGGCAGCCACGAUCCUUCCACAGUUGUGAUCAUCUCCCACAGGUGGCAUUUCCAGGCAAUGCCCAAAAGUCUUCUGAGCAUUCACUGCCUUUUUAGGGUCUGGUGGUAUGGGUCAUGGUCUACUUAAAGGGCCAGCGAGCUCUGGGGGCCCAUCGCAGAUCCACAAACACUGCUUUAUUAAUCCUUAGGACAAACCUGUAAACAAACCAGUUCACACCUCAUGCUCUUAACCCCAAUUCUCUUCUAGAGGGAGUCCAAAAAUAGUGCAUGCCUGCAUCCUGGAUAAGCCAUAUCUAGCACACUCCGGCGCAUAUAUCUCAAGAGGCCUCUCUGGAAUGCAAGUACAUCAGUUGCAUUUGUAAAACUGCCCCUUCCAAAGUGUGAAGUGAAAUUUAGAUUAACACACUGAAUGGCAAGUCAGCCGGGUAUUGGAACUAAUGCAUUACACAGUCAGCGCUUGGGGGGGUGGGGGGUAGAAGCAAACCAAUACUACAGAAAGCCACUCAUGUCCACGUGCUUUCUCCUUCUUUCCUCCACAUUGAAGAAGCCUGUUUACAUGAGGAAGCAGAGAAAGGGAAGGCAGAGCUGCUGGAGAAGCAGAGAAAUGAGAUCACAAGGCUCCAACAACAACACCAGGAGGAGAAAGUGUGUCUGGAGGAAGCCCACCGCGCUGAGACUGAGAAACUUAGCCAAAACAUUAAAAUCCAGGUUGGAGCUGUCUUAUUCUUGCCCUUUUGAAGCGAUGAUGCCUGACUCGCUGUCAGACCAGACACUUCUCUUUUGCUGAGCAGUAUUCUAAUGGCUCACAGUUUCAGAGCCUAAAAUGUUGUUUGGAGAAAGCACACACUAGCAAGACACUAGCAAGCAGUCAUGCAGGUCCAGUGGGUUGAAUGUGCAACUAAUUCUUCACCAGGUACACACUGUUGUGUAUGCUAAACUAGUGCACAACCACAAUGGGAAUGAGUGGUAAAGAAUUGUCCCAUGCUGUUAUAUUACUCAUCUCAAGCGUAUCUUACAGUCAACUGCCUUUGUGAAAUUCAUUGCCCACUAAAUCAUAGCUUUACUAAAUGUCAGCAUUAACUGAAACCAGAUCUUGAAAUCUUGUUAGCAGGUACAGAAUUUUGAUAAAUUUCUGCACAUAUGUGUGGACGAGCAAUUAUUUAGCAACACAAUUAAAAAUAUUAUUUUGUUUAAGGCCACCCCUGUAUUUCCAUGUUGCAGAAAAUCAGAUAAUUGACUGGUUAAUAAUUGUAAAGUUCCCUGGGGAAGGAAUGGAUAUUACCAUUUUAAAAGAGCUGUCAUGUUUCAAAGGUUUAUGUUGAAUCUGUUCUGUUGGUAUCCCUGAAAAUCCAACUUAUCUAACUGAAAAUGCAGUGGCUUGCCUGUGUGCUGGUUUUGAGCAGAUAUUUAUUUUAAAGCCCUGAAUGUAAAUUACAAGAUUCAUGUGCCAGCUCAUUCACUGAAAUGGUUAGGUGAACCCUGCAAUAACCCAAGAAGCAAAAAUUAGGAAAGGGUCGAGCUCCCAAUUCCACAUAUAUUGUGGAGAGACCUGGAUAUCUAAAUAUGCAUGUGUCAUUCACAAUGUACAGUGCUACAACACAUUUUUUUGCCAUUUAAUCUUUAGUGUAUUUUGUAUUGAAUUCAAAAUGUAAAUUGUGAAUUAAUGCAUAUAGCUCAGUCUGAUAAAUCUUUGCUCUCACUGUGUUCAGUUAGGCUUAUUUUCCCCAAAUAUGAUUGUAGCUUUAGUAGCUGAUUGAUUGAUCCUUAGGCAUCUAAGAUUCAACAGGGAAGGAUGCAGAUGCUUGAGGAAUCCCCUUGGUUUAUUUUCCUGUUGAAUUGGCUUGAUCCAUACCUCCUGGGCUACUGUACAAAUCAGAGCAUGCUUAUCCCUCAGAUUUUUGGAUUUUUGCAAACCGUGGUGGGGAGCUAACUUACACUAUUGCUAGAAGGUCUGCCUUUUAAAAAUGUUUCCCAGCUUCCUUUGCAGGCAGCAGCUGAGCUGAUCCAAGCAGCCAAAAAGUCCAGUUACUGCUAUGAUGGCAUUCAAAAUGGAAUCACAAAUGCCUCUGAGACUGCCAGGAUGUGAUGAUGUGCCAACCAUCCUGGGGACUUUGUAUGGGGGGGGGGAGAUGGCUGCCCCCAUGGACCCAUGAGGGCAAACAUCCUCCCCACUGCCUACAAUAUCCCUGGAAGGAGCAGCAUGGCCAUCACAUUCUCUUGAAUUUCAUUUGCAGCCCCAUUAAAAUAUUUGCAUGCUAAUUGCAGGGGCAGCUGAGUUUUCUUGAAGAGUCUAUUACAGUCAAAGCUUGUAUCUCGAAUGCCUCCAUUUUGGAACAUUUUGGCUCCUGAAUGCCAAAACCCCGGAAGUAAAUGCUCUGGUUUUCGAACAUUUUUCAGAAGCCAAACGUCCAACACAGCUUCUGCUUAAGUGCAGAAGGCUCCUGCAACCAAUCGGAAGCCACACCUCGGUUGUCAAAUACUUUGGAAGCCGAAUGGAUUGCGUUCAACAACCGAAGUUUGACUGUACCUGUAAAACAAGAAGGGAAAUGGUUUUUUAAAAGGAAGCCCUUGGACCACCCUGUAAUAGUGGAAGUACAUAUUUGAAUAAGAAUUUCAUUAAUGCAGAAAAUGGGUGGAACAGACUUAAUAAUGAACACAUGUGAAAGCAAUAUGAACCAGAAUUAGACUGAUUUGUCCAUUCCUAGCAAGAGGACUUUUAUCAUAUGCACAUGGUCUUGGGAGUCUGCCACAAUGAACACAGUGGGACUUUCUGUUGAGUGAAUGUUGCUAGGAUCAGGUGUUAGGUGUAGUUUUACACCUGCACUAACAAACAACAGGCACUCACAUAGCCAAGUGUGUCACGAAUAGGUCAGCAAGUCCUCAGAAGGUGCUAGAUUCUUCCUGGAGAUUUGACUCGAUCCUGGUUACUUGCUUGAAGAAUGAACAGCAAUGUAUACAGCCGGCAGCCAAUGUGUAUUGAAGAUUGGACUGCACAGAUUUUUACCCUGACAGAUUUCUGGCAGCAAGUCAGCAGCAUGGAUGUGGUGAUCUCCAUACAAGAAUUCAGAACCCGUUUAAAGAAACAAGGCAAUAGUUUUAGAAUCUGCAUAGUUCAGUGCCUAUAGAAUGGAAUGUACCACUUAGAAAAGGGGGAGGAAACAUGUGCUAGAACCUCCUCCCAAAUCACCUACAGGCCAGUGGAAUUCAAAUUGUGCUUCAGAGAACACUGAGGUGAUGCAUUGGAAGACCAUCGCGGCCUUGUCAAGAAGAAAACUGGCAAGGUAGACAAGCUUCCCUGAAACACAGUUUGCCACCAUUUCCAAUGUUCAACAGAUGUAGGAGAGCAUCUAUUCCUUUCACUGAAUGCUCAUUCUUAUGGUCCUUGCCAUAAUAUAUGUGCAUAUUAUGACAAUUUAAAGUGACCUACAGUGAAUAUUCUCUCACUCCACACUUAACUUGGGAAUAAAUCCCCUAAAACUCAUUGGUGGUUACUUCUGAGCAGACAUGUGUACCACAGGGCUGCCAUCCUCUGCACACUUAACUUGGGAAUAAAUAUCACUGGAAUAAGUAAACAUAUAUAAGAUAGGGCUGCAUAUGUACACUCAACUCUAGCCAUAUGAUCACAUCCUUGACAUCCAGGUCCUUUCUUUUUCUGCCGUAUUCCUAUAUUCCAGUUCUCCAGUUUGAUAUGGGGCCUGAGGAAAGGGGGGAAAUGGGUGGGGGAAUGAAGGUGACACCAUCAUCACCAUCAUCGUGAUCAAAUUAUUAGUUUUAACUCCAUCUUUUUCUGAGGCAUUCAAAAUUGCAACCACGAGUGUCCCCACCUCCAUCUUGAUAUUCACACUCUACAACCAUCCCAUAGACUGAGAGAUAGUGAUUGGCCCAAGGUCACUGGCUGAACAGAGAUUUGACUUCUCAAUCCCAGACUGAUGGUCCACUCACUACACCACUCUGUUUCUUCCCAUGAGGUGUAGACAUGCCCUGCAAUAGUCUCACGUCAAACGGGGUUUUGCCGCUAUUGUCAUGCUUUAGAGACCUGCCCACCCUCUUUGACUAGAAGCAAUAAGGGAAUGACUUCACUGUGCGGACACCACAGUCAGUAAACAAUGCUUCUUGCUAGCGUUUCUCAAUCAGGCCCCUUGAACACUGCUGCCUGUCUCCAGCCUUAAAAUGAUGUAAACUCCUCUGUGUGGGAUGUGAAAUAUCAUGCAGAAUGCUGGCAGUAAAGUAUUAUUUGUUAACAAUAUUGCAAUAUUGCCUGUGCCUUCCCCCCACCCACAGAUAGAAAAGGAGAAGGAUUUACAAUGCAAGCAACAACUCUCUGAGCAGCAUGACUUGCUGAAAAAAGAACAGGAAGAGAGACUCCGAGGUGAGAGCCAAAAAACCUGCUUGCAAAACAUGUAAGCUUUGUUCCGUUUGCAUCAAAGCACUUGGGAAACCUGUGGUACUCCAGAUGUCGUUGGACAGUCAGGAACAAUGGGAGUUCCUACAGUACCUAACAUCAUAUGGAGAACUGCGGUUUCCCCACCCCUGCGCUAUGGUAUGCAAAUCUCACUACAGUGUUGAGUAGGCCGCUCCUGACCCUCAACCCUGGUGAUGGAGGCCUAAUCUACGUGCUGUCUGGAAACUCAUUUCUACAGCAAAUAUUGGUGAAGUUACUUCUGCUCCCUCCCUUGGUGAGCUCUAUGUUGGCAUUGUAGCACUACUGGGCCAGGUAUGAAAGAACUUGUUCACGGGCAUUCCCAGAACUGUUCUUGCCUCCUCAUGGCUCCCUUGCUGUGCCCCACUCGCCACAAUCUGCUUCCCCUUUUCAAAAGUGGCAAAAGUGUAGCGUGGGGGGGCAGGGGGACCAUUUUUGAGGGGGUGCAACUAGGCGCCCCCAUGACUGGCAUGGAGCUCUGGCAGCUGAGGUGUGGCAGCAGGCAGGUUGGUCUAGUGGGCAGGCGGAUGGAGGCAGCGGGCGAGGAGCCUGUUGGAUGCGGGCUCCGUUCACCCUCUCAUUUGCCCUGCCUGCCCUGGGCACCAGCAACCCAUGCUACGCCGCUGUAGUAGCAGCAACAUGGAUGGGGAAAGAAAGUGCCCUCCCUACAGUAUGAUGGGAAGCAUCUUCAAAUCGGGAAGUAGAUUGUCAAAAGGAAUAAAGACAGCACGUGUCUAGAGGAAAGCGAAUGACCAGAGGAGGGAUUACAGAAAUAAUGGCACGCCAAGUGCUUGGCUCCCAGCUACUAAAUGUUAGUGUUAUUAAUGAAUUUGUGGCCUCUGGAAAUACCGUAUUUUUUGCUCUAUAAGACUCACUUUUUCCCUCCUAAAAAGUAAGGGGUAACGUGUGUGCGUCUUAUGGAGUGAAUGCAGGCUGCGCAGCUAUCCCAGAAGCCAGAACAGCAAGAGGGAUCGCUGCUUUCGCUGUGCAGCGAUCCCUCUUGUUCUGGCUUCUGAGAUUCAGAAUAUUUUUUUUCUUGUUUUCCUCCUCCCAAAACUAGGUGCGUCUUAUGGUCUGGUGCGUCUUAUAGAGCGAAAAAUACGGUACUUUGGUCAUAGAUGUAUUGCAAGAAAAGGCAACACCACCGCUAAAAUACUGUGUGUCCAUGAGACUCUACUUUUUCCACCCUGCCAUUCAGCAAUGCCAUGUUGUAACAUGUUCCUAAAUCAAUUUUCCAUUGUUCAGCUUCAGUUCUCUGCUGGGUACUCCAUAUUCAUUUUAGGCUCUCCAUGUGGCCUAUUUAAUUUUUCACAUCCUCUCUGUCUAAAUGCUGAGCAUCUCUGUCAGAAGGAAGGAGAGGGAGAGAGAGAAUGUGAGAAUCUGUCCUAGUCCUUCUGCUGCUGUGCUGCUCUAAGGCAUGACCUGGCUUAGUGUCCCAUCAUCUGGUUUAGUUCUCUCCAGGCAGACCACAUGUUGAAAUUGUGGUUUUGCCACUUGUAGUUUGUCUGGGAGAGAUCGUGCAGGAUUUGCUCAUUUGGUUUGGCUUAGAAUUACCAGUACGUGCAAAUGAGGGAAGAGAGACAUGACCACAAAGAUUUCAAGACUGAGUUCCAUUCACGUUCUGUCCUCCUUGUUCUCUGAAUAUACUCUUGAGACAAACAGUGUGAUGUGUUAGUGCUCAGCUGUGUAUUGAAGAGAACCCCUGGCUGGAUUGGAGCAGGGCUUGUGUCUCUCACUGGUUUCUUCUGACCACAGUCUGUUGUUUCUCUUGCAGAACUCCAGAAAGCACAUGACCAAGAGAAAGUGCUCCUGACCGAAUCCUACCAAAAGUCCCAGUCAUCUUUGCAGGUGCUGCUACUCUGUAUAUGCUCCAAGUCAGAGGCAGUCAACAUGGUUCCCUUCAGAUUUUGUGGACUUAUAAUUCUGGAUCAUCCUGGCUGGGCCCUGCUGGAUUUAAUAGCUACCUAGCCUUUGGGAGUUAUAUCUGCUACUGGCUAUAAACACACUAAAAUGUGUUGGAACAUAAUUAAUGUUAUUAAUGCAUACAGAAUAAUGCACAUGUGCUUAGGGUGGUGGGGUCAGUAUGCUUGCUGGAGCACCAGUUUAUUCUGCCUCAUAUUUCUUCUCCAGGAGACUGUAGACAGAUUGAGUUCCCAGAUGAAGUCCUUCCAAGAGAAAAUGAAACGGGUGGAAGAGUCAAUCCUGAGCAGAGAUUAUAAGAAACACAUCCAGGUGCCAAAAAACAAAACCAGCCACAAUCAGUUAGAUGGGGUUUCUCCACCUGUUUAAUAACCAAGAGACAGAUGUUACCUCCUUCUCUCACUGCUGGGAAAACAAAGGCAAUGAUGGGUGGCAUAGUUCACAUGCAAUGCUAAGCCGAACCAUGGUUUAACAUAAACAUGUGAGUGUGUGAGCUCCUAGAGAGGAGAUCGUGGCUGCUUUGCUCCUCCUUGGUCAUUCUUGAGCUCAGCCAUAGCUUGGCUUAGUGUGUCCUCUGAACUGGGACUUAUUUAGCUCUCUAUAGUCUAACCCUAAGUUGGAUCCAAAGCCUGUACUAUGGUUUUUGGCUCAUGGUUUGUUGAGGGGAGCUAAACCAUGACCCUGGUUUCAGGACACCUGCUAAGCCAAGCCAUAGAUUGGCUCAGCAUAGUAGCAAAGCAAACCAGGGAGGAGCAGAGCAACCAUGAUAAUCCCUGCUUGUGAAUCCCAGCUAAGUUGUGGUUCAACUUAGGGCUUGUCCACACUUAUGCUUGUCCCAUGCUUGGAAAGCAGAGGUCCAAGCGGUUUUCUGCUUUUCCCAUGCUUUCUAGGAACUGGUCCAAGUGGUUUUGCCUUUGCUCCACCAUCCCAUUGAAAACACACUCGUUAGCUCUAAAUCCGAUAGAUGCUUGCUCUGAUUUGGCAGUAAACAGUGGAUUUUCCAAGAGGAAAGCAGCAGGGCAAAUGGAAGUGUGGAUGAGUCCUUAGUGUGAUGUGCAAACCAGGCCAAUGUAUGGGUCCAAAGAACAAUGCUUAUUGAACAGAAAAAUGGGGAAGAGGAGAGUGCUUACUCCUACUUCUGUUCUAAGCAUCCAUUUGGCAUUGUCUUACCAUAAGCACAAAUAAAGUCCACUUGACACCUCUACAAGUGAAAGCAAUACUUGAUCUCUCACCCAAUGAACGCAACAUGGAGUGAUGACUUGAAUGUGUGAAAGCAGUUGUAAUGAAACAAAACACCACAAGGAGAACAUUGUUCAAUGCAGUGCUUCCCAGUGGAGGGGGCGCACUCGCUAAUCUCCAAGUCACUGAAUAAUGUACUUGUAUGAGCAAAUUAGCCCUUGUAGUGCAAUUCUAAUCAUGUGUAGAGAGACGUCCCAGUGAGUUCCAUGGAGUUUACUCCCAGCCAUAGGAUCUAGAAUUGUAGACCUCGUCUCUCACAUGACUGGGGAGACAGUGAGCCCCUGGAUGUAGUCUCGGUAGUGGCGCCUGCCCUGUGGAAUGCCAUCCCACCAAAUGUCAAAGAAAUAAACAACUAUCUGACUUUUAGAAGACAUCUGAAAGCAGCCCUGUUUAGGGAAGCUUUUAAUAUUUGAUGAAUUAUUAUAUUUUGCUGGAAGCCACCCAGAGUGGCUGGGGAAACCCAGCCAGAUGGGUGGGGUAUAAGUUGUUGUUGUUGUUGCUAAUGUGGUUCUCUGCUUUGCCAGCCUUCUAGUUAAGGGUGCAUUUUGUCAUUUCCCCUGUUGUUUUCUAGGAUUAUGGGAGUCCCAGCCAGUUCUGGGAACAGGAACUAGAGAGUCUACAUUUUGUCAUUGAGAUGAAGAAUGAACGCAUUCACAACUUGGACAAAAAGCUACUCAACCUGGAAACGGUGGUGGGUUCAAUGUACUCCUUUUCAUAGCUAUUCCUAAGACUUGGUGGGGUCUUGCAGAGAGGACCUUGUGCUCUGCUGUUCAAAACUAGCUAAUUUCUGAGUACCACAAACACUUCCUCUUGAGCAGGGAUGGAGAACCUUUGACCCUCCAGUUGUCUGGGGGGAUGACAUCUCUCAUCGUCCCUGACCAUCGGCUAUGCCAGCUGGGGCUGAUGGGAGUUGGAGUCCUACUAACAUCUGGAGGGCCGCAAACUCUUCAGAACCAUGAUCACCAGACUUCUGUGGCUUCCUGCAGAAGACAACACAUUCCAAGUCCUGCGUUCUGGCCUUUAAACUGCCCCUCUCCCCCAGCAAGACCAGGAUCCAAGACCAGGGCCAAAUUACACACAGUGCUAAGUGUCUUGAUUUAAAUUCACAAUUUGUGAGUUCAAAUGUGGAUAGCAGCUGUGGAGAAUGUUCUUUUAAUUGGGAUUAGGAGCAUAAUGCAUGAGAAGACUUGGGGUUCAUUUCAUAUGCUUCCCCAUCCUGUUACUAUCCCAACAAUAUUGGCCACUUUCUUGGAAGCUGUUAUCCUGAGAGAGAGACUCCCAUCAACACCAGUGUGGAAACAUCCCUUCCAGUGCAACUAGCCACUUCAGGUGGGGAAUUUUUGUUGGGACCACAGCAGAAAGGGAAGGAUUAAACUCUCCUGGUAGUAUCAUGAGCACAAAUCAUCAUGGAUGAAGGAUGUCUGGAGAGGACCAAAGAGACAAAAUUUGAUUAUAGGUGUAUUAAUCCUUUAAGGUCUGUGGGAAGAAACAUCUAGGUGAACGGAGCAUAGUUGUGUUUGACGGAAGCAAUUCCAUGUUCAGAAAAUGCUUACUGAGCUAAAAUGGACACCACUGCAGCUCAGUUGCCUGUGAAGUGAGCUGAGCAUCCGCAACUCUCUUGAAAAACAAACCGGGGUUCUGCUGUACUACUGAAAUUCUUCUUGGUAGAUGGAUCAUAUGGGUAGAUAGCUCUGAACUAAAAGAGAUACAUGAGCUGAAUUGGCAGAGACUACAUACAAGCCUACAUUGCCACAGCAAUCAGAGACAGGGCAGACACCAGGUUUGGUGCCUCUUGCAGACUUUCCCGAGUGACAUAACCUCCAACAUAUUUAAUAAGAAGGGGGUUCCAUGCGGACAUGUUCCCACAAAGUUUUAAAAUACCUAAUUGGGAGAUUUCUUGAUGUUAUUGCAUGCGUGGAAUACCUGUAGCUGGGGUGAACUGUGUUGCAAUUGCAUUUGGUGUUUGAUCACACCCUUGGCCUGCUUACAGAUGGAGAGAAAUUUGUUGCUCGAGGAGAAAGUUAAAACCCUUCAACAGGAGAAUGAAGAUCUCCAAGUUCGGAUGCAGAACCACAUGGCAGUGACAAGGUGAGACCUUCAGCUGCAGUAAGCAUCAGUAAGCAUUGGUGAAGGGCCUUUGGGACAGUUCACCUAAAGCGGACCCAGGGAAAGCCAAUGGGUCAGGACCUAGAUUCAGUGUGCUUGUCCUGCAUAACCAGAUGCAGCCCACCAGAGACUGUACAUUGUUCUAAGUGACGCUAAUAAUUGUGUUUUUAUAUUGUUGUAACCCACCAUUGGGCCUUCUAGAGAAGGGUGGGUAAGAAACCCUAUAAAUCAAAAUAAUAAUUACAACAAUGGCGAUAGGAUCAGCACAGACAGCAUAGCUGUGGCGGUAUUACAUCUUCCCACUUCAUUUGACAGAGGUGAGAAAGUGCGCAUGAUGAAAACCGAAGGCCACUCACUAAAGAUGUGUAGCUGCCUGCUAUGUGUUUAUUUUUACUUACAGGGGCAAGGGAGCCUGAUUCCCAUUGUGAAGACAGCCUAUGGGAAGUGGGGGCUCUAUGGAAGUGGAGGCAUAUCUCUUCACCUCCCCCCGGGGCCUAAAUGGAGAUUGGUCCCUCCACAAAGCUUGGCACCAAUAUGGAAUUUCCCCUCCUCAUAGUGGGGCCACUUGGGGGUGUUGUGAUUGUCAUUUUGAUCUCAGUAGAGGGAGUCUUCCCUCCUGUCUUCAUAGCGGCAAACAGUUGGGGACGAAGACGAGGGGAAACGCAGUUCCCUGCUACAUGUCCAAGUUGGACCCACCAGCCUCCGUCUCUCCACUGGUUCUAGAACUCCAAAGUCAUUUGACUCUGUGCUUCUGCCCUGCAGGCAACUGUCCGACGAGCUCCUCACUCUCCGCGAGUCCCUGGAGAAGGAGUCGCAGCUGCGAGCGCAAGCUCACCGGGAGAAGGAAGAGCUGCUGUACCGAGUGCUGAAUGGCGACUCUCCCCACCCGUUCCCUAUCUCCACGGAGGCAACACUCAUCGCUACGUAGCAUUCGGAUAGGCCAGAAAGACUGGGAUGGGGCAGGGAGGGGAGAGGUGGCUCCUUCCUUUUGUUCUAGGCCUCUCUAUUGUCGACUAGACCUAGAACUCUCAUGCUGAGUGGCACUCGGGUGCAAGGAAGGUUCCAGAGGUUGCGUGUGCUUUGAUUUCCUCCCAUAGGUGGCCUCGUUGUUUUGUGACACUUGAAGAGGUUGAAUUGGCCUGCCUUAGGAAUGGGGGGGGGGGUUCCUCCGCAUCCCCUCACACACAAAAGGAGGUCAGCUUUAAUGCUAGCCAAGACGUUUCUGUGUAUGCCACUAAGCACUGGCUAAGGGUCUUGCCCCACCCCACCCCCUCAGGGAGGUAGCAAGACUUGCUACCUCAUAUAUAUUGGGCCAUGGUAGAAAUGGCGGAGAAACGGUGGGAAUCCGAGUAACCCAUAAUUUAAGAUUUCAGUAGAUAAAGCUGUAGGUGAGAAGAAGCCAUAGGAUAGAAGAGAGGCAAUGGAAGUUUGAAGGCGCAGGCCCAGAUCCGAACGUCCUUUCAUCUGCCAGGUUUUGGAGGAACCAGAGUUUGCAUGCCCACAAAUGUUUUGGUCUGAGCUGGAAGAGGCAGACCGGACCACAAACUUGCAUUUUGAUUCCUAAAUGCAAAACUUUGGAGAACUCGGGCAAAAAUAUGGAUACAAACUUCUGUGGUUGAGGUGCAUUCUAGAUGUUCACCCAGUCACAAAGGAGCUACUUAUCCACCACUAUCAGCUCCUGCGUUGCUGGGAGAACUUUCCCUCUCUCCAGAAAAUGACUCUGCUGUGUCAUUUUCUCUGCUCGAUGACUAUAAUCUUUUUUACAUACCCUCCUCCAGGAUGUGUUCAAUCCCUGCCCACAUGGCUGCCAUCAUUUCCGUGUUGAAACUGCUGCAUCAUAUAAGCAGCUGCUGACACGGCUUGGGAGAGAAUUGAACGGGCACCUCCUUGGGCUUGGUUCCUUUUAAAAAAUAUAUUUUUUCAAUAGAAGGUAUUUUUGCCUGCUUUUAUGAGUUCUUUGUCAGUUUAGAAAACAACAGAUUGGAAAUGGCCUUAAAAUUGCAAGUCUUUGGAAACCAAGGGAUUUUUUUUCUUUUUUCUUUUUUAAAAAAGCAAUUUAGCUUCUUGAGAAGCUGAAAAGGAAGAUGGUGCCCUCCACUGGUUGUGAUGAAGCAGUGCUAGUAGUUGCAGAGAAACGGAAGUUGCUCCUGGCUGGAGAAACUAGAGGCUAAAUAGAUAGCAGGUGCACGUAAUGGUUGUUUUAUGGGUUUUUGUUUUUAAAAAGAAAAGAUGAUUUGAAUUGAGACAAAGGGUGUGUAAAAUGUCUUGAUUCUAAUCAAGAAGCAUUUUAUACUUCCCUGCGUGGAGAUGGUGGUUUGUACUGUGUAUGUGAAUGUAGCAUGUAGUACAAAAACAGUGGCUCAUCACAGUGGCGACGCUCAGGAAAAGCCAGUGAACCGCUGGUUGUUGCCUUGAGAGAACAUGACACAGAUCUCCGCAACGUGUGGGCCACCCAGCUGAACACUGGGUGUGCCAGGUGUUUCCCACAGACACAUGCACGCACUCAUUUUUGAAGUACCCAAUAGAUGACAAAACUAGGCAACUGUUCACAUCCAGUGGGCUGCAUCACAGCCAGUGGGUUGCGAGCUGUGGAGGCCUAGCUCAAAGGCGUGGGUUCCGCUUCUGCAGCAUGGCUUGGCGACAGUGACGUUUGUUUGCUAACGUGUUCAGUUCCUGAAAUAAUAAUUUGGCCAACCAACAAUUGGAUCCCACCCAACCCUCAGUCUUGGCAAACCUUUAUUUGUCAUUCCUCACGUAUAAUGCAGCUCUGUCUGCAGCGGUGAAAUGGUUUUAUCUUGGGGAAACACAGCUAGCUUGUAAUAAUGCUGUAUCUAAUUGAGGCUUUCCACAAAAUUUCGGUAUGGUAUCAGUUGGAAAAUCUGUCACUACUGUAUGACAGAGUGAUGAUAAGUGGGAGUGAGAAACUGCUAACUAGUGAUCACAGUAAAUAUCUCAUAUGUGUGUGUUGGUGAAAACCUCUCACCCGCUUUAUUAUUUUUUGAAAGUGAUUUUCUCUCUCUUUUGCAUUUAUUAUGUAAGUUAUGAAGCAAAUUCUGUGUGGAUUUUAGGGAAUUGGCAGAGGGGGUGGAAAUAAUCAAAGUGACUGAGUUUCUGGUACUGUAGUUAAUGCCAGCACUUUUCUGAUCUGGCCUUAGUGCUGCUAAAGGGAUUCUGAGGCAUGGGGGUGGGGCUAUUGUGUCGGUGGAAAAGCACAUGCAUGCAGAAGGUCCCAGAUUCAAUCCCAGUUUCCAGAUAAAGGUAGCCAGAAUGGAAAAGGUCCUUACCUGAGAGUUGCUGCCAGUCAGAAUAGGCAGUAUGGACUAGAUGGACCAGUAAUCCAACUUGGCAUAAAGAACUUGGGAAGCUGUGUUAUAAUAAGUCAGAUCAUUGGUCCAUCUAGCUCAAUAUUGUCUACACUGACCGGCAGCAGCUCUCGAAGUAGAAACAUUCCCAGACCUACCUGGAGAUGUUAAGGAGUGAACCUGGGACCUACUGUGUGUAAAGUAGAUGCUUUCAACCACUGAGCCAUGCCCUUCCUCAGACAAAACUUUAUAUAGCCCUGCGAAUGCAAGGAGCUUGCUCACCCUCUCCCUGAACAACUCACUUCUUCAGAGAGUAAGCACUGGUGAGCAUGUUAUGUGUCGCUUGUAGCGGCAGCAGGGGUUGGGAAAAGGUAAAUAUUCUUCUUGUUUCGCUAUUGUAGGCUAUUGGGACCACAGAGCCUCACCAACGUGCCCUUUCCCAAAGAUGUCCAAAAUUUGAGAUCUAUCCACACCAUACAUUUAAAGCACUCUUAGACGACAGCCAUGGUUUUCUCCAAAGGAUCCUGGGAACUGUAGUUUGUUAAGGGUGCUGGCCACACAGACCUAUGGUAACCAGCAGCACCCUUAACAAACUACAGUUCGCAGGAUUCACCACAAAAACGUGUGUAAGAACGGUUUGAACAUAGGAUGUAGAUGUGACUGUCAGAGCCGUCUUUCCCAUUGGGCUUAGUGGUGCAUUGCGCCAGGGCGCCGGCCUCUCAAGGGCGCCCCAGCAAGUGGGGGAGCUGCACAGCUUUGCCAGCGGCCUCCCCUUUCCCUGCACGCCCGCCAGCUGCGCCCCGCCAACCAUAUGGCUGACUGGCGUGCAGCUUGCCUCCCAAGCCUCUGCGGGGAUCGCUCUCCUAAAGCGGCAUGGGAGAGAGUUGUGCUGGCCCCCCAUGGCUGGCAGUGUGCAGCUACGGCCACCCCAACACUAUCCGUGGUAAUUUGGGAGCACUGGGCAGAUAUUUGCACCCCAGCCCCGCAUCUGCUAAAGACGGCCCUGGUGACUGUAGUGCUGGGUCUGCACUGUAAGUCUCAGAGGACUUGUGAGGGGGGAAAGGGCAAUAACAACACUUUGGGGGGGGGAAGUUGUUGCCUCUAGCCAACUGAAAGAAUGUAGAGCCAAUGACCCAUCUAGUCCUCCAUCCUGUUCUCAUGUGGUCAGCCAGAUGCUAGUGAGAAGUCUCAAGCUGGACAUGAACACAACCCCACUCAGCCCACCUGUGAUUUCCAACAACUGGUAUUCAGAGGCAUAAUGCCCAGAGCACUUGAAGGCCUGAGACAGCCUGCAGAGGCACCUCUACCAACUCUUCCUGGAAGUGAAGCAGCACAGAAGAAGAAGACUUCUGAACCAACAGUUCUCAGGACAGAAGCUCCCCAAAGGCUCUGCAGUCCCAGUGAAGGGAGCCAAAGUUGACACCAGAUCCAAACGCUGUCAAGCACCUUUAAGAGGUGAUACGAAUAGCAUAGAGUAGCAUUAACCAGGUGGCUCUUUCAAUCUAUUGAGCUGGUUUUCUUGACUCACCCGUUGUAGUGGCCACCAUCAGGCAAGGUGUUUCUUACCAUAAGCCUUCAACCACCCAGUCCAGAAUCAGAGCUGGAAGCAGGCCAAGAAAGGAUGACAGGAAUAAAACCUUUCACUUGUUUUUCAGAAGAAUAGAGGACCCACUCCAUUACUUAUGUCAGCUUUCAAUACUUUGCAAGGCGGCCAGUGGAUAAGCCUAAAAGUGUAUACUCAGAAGUAAGCCCCCUUGAGUUCACUGAUUCUUACACCCAGGUAAGUGUGUAGAGGAUUGCAGCCUCCGUCAUAGAAGCGCACCUUGAAAUCACUGGCUAAUGAAAUAUGUGAAGUACGUCUUAGCGAAGGAGACAAAGGGCAGGAGCUCUGUUUACAGUUAUUAACAAAGGAGGGUGCUUAUUUUGAUGAGAGUUUGGGGAUCUGAUCCAGGCGUUCUCAUUUCUAUGUUAGCAAACAGGGAAGGGUGUUUUGUGUUUUUGUUCACUUCAUGAUAACAGGUUUUAUUAUUAUAUUAUUCAGCCUGCUGCAAUAGCAUGUGAAAGUUGUAAAAUGGCAGCUGGUGGAAAUUUUUCCAGUGUUGCAAAAUGAAUGUAAUUUCUUGCAGCGUACAAAUGAAUGAAAUGUACUUUCCCUCCCAUUUCUGAAGUAUACUUGUUCUUUAUAAGGCGAGGAAUGUUUGUCCUCCUUCUCUGCCAUCCUCAUAACCUCUUGAUUUAUUUCUUGGUCCCCUGGUACAUAUCCUUCUUUCCUAGUUAUGGGACUGUAGGGUGAUGCUGAUUGUUGGCAACAAUGUUGUGUGUAUGUGUGUGCUCUUGAAGAGUGGGGUGGGGAGGUCAUGAGAAUUGGGAGGGGGAGACUGAAAGCUGUUCUCUCAGUCGCCUCCCAACAUGUAAUUGGAAGCUUCCUAUGACUAUGGUCCUACACAUAUGCAAUAGAAGGUGGGGCCUUCUGAAUUAAGCAGGACAUUUGAGUACAUGCUUGGGACCUGCACAACUGUGUACACACAGCCCUGACUUCUCCAUCUGGCUAUUUAGUCUGGGGAGAUGGUUUAUAGGAGCCCACUGCUGCACGCAUGGAACACUUGGAUCCAAGCCUAAGAAUUUAAACACCCUUCCCUGAUGGGUGAUGCUUCUGAAGACUCUGCAGCCUCUAGUAAAAAACUUUAUAAUGAAGAGCAUUUCAGUUCAGUGGAAAAUCACUGGGCCUGCACCUAAAAUUGGCUACUUAGACCUAGAGAGGAAAAACAGGCAUCCUGAAACUUGUUACUUAGAACCAGUUAAGAAGUACAGAUGAAAAUGGACAUCAUAAACUGGGUAAAGUCAUAAAAAUAAAAUAAACUGAUGUUGCCAAAAUGUCAGUGUCUUCCUGGAAAAUCUCUGGUUGUUCUACCUCUAAUUUUCUCUCUUAAAUUUUCUUUGUGAAGGCCUUUUUUCCUUUCUUUCUUUUUUUCCUACAAAGAAGCAUUCAGUGAUGCAAAUUGCUACCUGAUAAAGGUUUUACCAUCUCCACAAGGGCCAGAGCAGAUGAGAUGGCAAGAACUCCCAGCUCUACAUUUUGUCCAAUAGGACCUACGGGGUAGAUAUGGAUGUGGGUAUUACAGAUUUGGACUGUAGUGCUGGAGGGCUUUAAAAAAUAAAUAAAUCACCUACUUACUGAAAUUCUGCUCAUGCAUAUCUGCCUUUGAAACUGCUGUUGCAUGUACAUGCAUAUAUGCCGUAACAGGGCGUAUAGCUGCUGGCAGGGAUCUUAAUUGGGAAAAUUGCAGGGUUAACCCUCCGUAACCAGACAAAUGGUCUCAAUCCCAUCUGGAGUUUCUCCAGGCUGAUUAUAUAUAACAUUUAAAGAGAGGUGAGAUCUGAUCAUAGAUCUCAAUAAUCUUGUUUGACCCUGUGAAUGAAGAUGUUCACACAGAGCCAGAAUUCGCAAGACAGCAUUUUUCUGGCAAUAGUCAUGAAUAUCUUUGAGCGUUUUCCUGUCUUUCACAAUAUCCCUGAGAGCAAAAAGGUACUCUGCUUCUGCUUCAAAAAGAUUUGUGCUACUUUAAUGAGUCAAACAUGAAAGGGUAAAGGACAAAAUAAAAGAAGGCAACUGUUUAUCCCUCGGUUUUUGAUGGCAGCCUCUAGUCUUUGGAUUUCCAGUAGGACCUGGACUUUCAGCAAUGCAGGACCAGAGGCGGUUACCCAGACUUUGCCUUCUUUGGGGCUGGUGAGGCUGGAACCAAGCGAAUGCGGGUGGACACUGCAGUGCCUCCUUGCAGAUUCUCAGCAGUGCAGGUGUACAAACCAUCAUCCACAGCACGUGCUUCAUCAACGUAAAGGAUGCUCUCGGAUUCCUGCUGCACCUGCCCACCACGUCGCACCAAAUCUGUGCGUUCACGAACGUAGGGUGGUCUGCCAAUCUGAAAGUGAGGAAGGACAUUAUUUGAGAAACAUGGCAGAGCACAUGGUAGUCAGUGCACAAGAGAGUUUAGCAGUGGCUUUUUCCAGUGUGUGGAAUUCUAGCAGCACCCACUCCUGUAACUUGGAAAUUAUUCAGAUGCAUGCAAAGUGCAUGACAAGGUUGCCUGGUGUUUAUCUGCAGAGAAACAAUUUAUGUUUUCAUUCUGCCUCUGGCCUACUCAUUUGAGGAGGUCAGGCCAAUCAUUAUUCAGCUUGUCUUUCUUUGUAUGCUCUCAUUGGCUAGGUUUGUGGGUUUGGCUAACCUUUGUUCAAUUUCUAAGGGGGAAAUUCCACAGAUCAACAGGAAAGGAGACGGGCUUAAAAGACCCGUACUGUUACAGUACAAGCCACUUUUCUUAUCCCACACCCACUCACCCCAUCAGCAACCUGUUACCUACUUGCUGUCCUGGAUAUUCCCACGUGAAAUCGACAGCAAUUUCUGGUUCCCCAAAGACAGUGCAUGUGACAUUGAAAUUGUCUCCAACAUGGAAGGAGGCCACUGAAGCUCUGAUAGCUGGCUUGGGAACUGAAGAAGGAUCUGCAGAGUUGGAAAUAAAACACACACCAAGAGAAAUCAGCAUAUAGGCAUGAGUUUCUGCCACUGCCGCAUUGCUCCUUGUGGAGUUGUUAGAUAGGCAUGGCAUAGCGAAAUUCUACAGUUCUCCCACUUGGAGCACAGGCUGAAUGGAAAUGGGGCAGUGGAUCCUGAGUCUGAGGCCUCUCCCACACUCUCUCUGGCCUUAGUGAUGCUCUGCGACAAGGCCUUGCCUGUGAAGCCUUCUAAAUCUGACUGGUAGCCUUUGUGCAAGUCCAGCAAUGGGCAAAGAUUUGCAUCAAGGUGUCACUGAUAGAAUAAUGACUCCAAACUUUGACAGGUCCCUGCCGAAUCAGAAUUACUUCUUGCCUGGAGAAAAAGGCCUCAUUCAGUGGACAUCAUGGAAAGUGACAAUACUUCCCACUCCCUUCUGCCUGGGUCCUGAUUGCCUGGGAGUUGUAUAUAAAUCAUUUUAAAUUAGGUUAGAAUCAGUUUUGGGCAUUCCUUUGCAACCUGUGGUCAGCAAACCAAGACACCUUUUCCUUGAUCGGCAUAAGCACAUCCCUUGGAUAGAAAGAACACACCUGCAUUCUCAUAGUCACAUUCCCUUUUUCAAAAGAAUGGAACUGUUUGAUGAGCUGAUGAGUUGAUGAACUGUUUGAUCUCUAAAGCAGCCACAUACCCUUUUGGGACAGUUUGGGCUGAAUUAAUCUGAAUUUGACAAGCUGUGUUUUAAAAAACAUUAAAAUGAAAAAGGCAAGCAGAUUGGUAGACUUUUCUUUCUCCCUCUCUCUCCUAUACACAUACACACACUUGGGAGAUAGAGAGAUAGAUGAUUAAUUGUUAAGGCAACUUACAGUUCACAUAAAUCAGCAUGUAUUUUGUGGAGAUCUGCCUCACCCCAUCCACAUUGGCCAUGCAGAAGAGGGAGCCAGCAUGGGAAGGUUGUGGGCGGUGGAUGAUGAAGCCCCUCUUCACAUCAUGCGAGAUGUCU